CCCUCACUGCGAGUGGAUGGAAAAAAAAUGCAGCUGCAGGAAAAAUGGCUCCAAACACCGCACCGCUAAAAGGUGAGAAACUAACCUUUGCUUCAGUAAAUGUUGACCAGCUCAAGUUUGAUCCUGUCGUUGAGUGAAAACUGUGAUUUGUGCUCCGGAGUAAACAGCCGAUAACCGUUGAACAAAAGCUGCUUUUCUUCCUUGUUGUGUGUAGUUGGCAGGACCUCCUCAGUAGCUGCUCUGGUACUUUUUGGAAUAAUAAAUCAGAGUCUGUAAAAGUGAAACAGACAAACUGGUUAUCGUUAUGAGUCCAAUGUGACUCUCGGUGUUUUAUUAUGAAUUGCAUAUUUGUCUAUUUUCCGGGUCGCUGACUGCUUUAGCGGCUAACAAACUUUAGCAUCCAACAAAGUCUAAAGUUAAAGUUCAAACCGCUCUCUCAAGUAUCAAGAAGUGACAUCUGAUCGCAUUAGCCGGCUCACCAAGUUAGAUUACUUUCUCUUUAUCAGCUGAAAGUUCCUGUUAUCUUCUAUUAACAAACUGAAAGUCUUUAUAACUCCGAGCAGAAAAACUAACAUUGACAUUUCACAACAACACAUCACCUGGUGUCAGGUGAGCAUCAGCCGACAGGUUUGCUCACUAAAUGUAGACAGGUCGUUAUUGAAGUCGUUUUAAAGCCUCAACAGCAGUAGAUGGAGGUUUCCUUUAGUGAUUCAUACCUACAGGUGCAUAACUAAGACGUACAGAUCGUGUUUCUGUCGCUUAAAUGUCUUCAGAAAUGUUACCUGUGAAUACAGAACUCAGGUGAUAAGCUUUGACACCUGGAAUCAGAGGAAAACUGGUUCUGUCUGAAGUGAUUGGAAGAAUAUUUGAGUAUUUUACUACCUGGUCAUUCCCCCUUUUUAAUGCCAGCUAUCCACAUUGGCACUUAUCAGAUGUUGUACCUGCUUAUAAAUGCAUGCACUUAUGGAAAGACAGUGUUUUAUAUUAAGGUUGUGCACUCAAAAAACAGGGUUUGCAUUCACCCUCUGCAACUUAACAUGAUUAUCUUUGUGUUUUAAUCUAAUUCAUCCGCUUGACUAAUCAAUUCGUUGUAGGCUGGGAACUCGGACCAGCCCUCAGGAUGUUUUUGUCUACUGUUUUUCACUUGUAUUUUUAGCAGCCAAUACCUUGUGCAUAACAAGAUGAAAACACUCUCUUGGGUGUUGGGGUCCAAAAUGCCCUUAUUUUGAAAAACAAAUGAGACUAUGUAAAUCCAGAAAUGAAACAGUAACUUUAACAUUUUGAGUGAUACAAGUUCAAAUUUGGCAGAGUACUCAGGUGCAAAUUAAAACUCUGGUCCUCUCUAAAGUUCAUAAAACAGUUUCCACAGGAAUAGAUGCCUCUAAACAGAUCAUGGUCAGUAUCAAUAUAUCAUCUAUAUUCAAUAAUCUUUAAACUUUGUGAGCUUCAGUUUGUUCUUUAUGACUUUAAUUUGAAAGGUUUGGUAAACAAUACAGAUCAGUCUUUCUAACAGCUCAGCUCGGAGUACAUCACAUACAUGCUUCUUCUGCAAGCCGCUUUAUUUCUUUAUUAUCCAACUCAUAUCCUAAAAAUGAAAUUUAAACUGUUUAGUGAAUUAAAACAGUUUGUUUUACAUUCAUUUUCCAUUUAAAGGUCAUGCCCUUUAAAUCUAUAAACUUGACCUGGUUACUUAUUUUCCUUUUAGGAGGUGAUCUUGUACUUUGGAUCCAGCAGCAGUUUGUUAACGUUGACACCUGCACUUUUCUCAGCUGUUAGAAACAAAUCUCACACCUGACCUACCUGGACCGAUCUGAAUUUAAAGGAUAAAUGAAUUUAGAUUAGUUUGAUCAAGCUAGAUAUGAUUUAAUCAAGCUGAUUGAAUUUGUAGUAAAGCAUUCAGACUGAGGUUUAUGUGUGUGCUGAAACGUGGUCCCAGACAUGGUUAAGACAGACAUGUGUAGGUCACCCUGUGCAAAUGGGGCUUAAGCUUUGAUACAUGAAGAGUGUAAAAUAAGAUUUACUAAACUGUCAGAUUUGUUGAAGUAUUUAGCAAACGAUCCUAAACUUCCCCCGACUCUGAGGGUGAAAUUCGUCAUUGUGUCAUUUGCACUGGCGUCUGCAUCUCCUUCAGUUUCUCAAUCCUGCACCAUGCUGUGGUUUCUGUCUUUACCCAGCGCUCAGCUGCAUUAAUCUCCUUCUCAGAUGUUGAAUGUAGCUUUUACAGGACCCGAACUCUGCCAUCCUUUACCAUGGCGUGGUUGGACAGAGUUUGCAGUGUUAGUCUUCGCUGCAGUUGGCAGCUUUUCCCCCAUAAGUGGAAAUUUCCUUCAUUCUUUACAUGUCUCAUGUUGCCAUAUAUGGGCUUUAGCAUAUGGCUAUCUUGAUGCUGGAUCUCAGCUGUUGAUACCCUCAAACGUAGUGAGAACAGCAUGCAACCAAAAAAAGUCAAACUUGAUUGAUGAGUUAAGGUGUUACAUGUUGUUUCUGACUGUCUCAGUGUCUGGAUCAGGUCAGAGGUUAUGGCCCGACUCAGGAAAAGUGACUUAAAGCUUUGGUCUCAGAAUCACUGACACAUGGAUGAACUGACAUGUGAGUUAAACCCUCAACACCGCCGACAGGGCGCUCUUAAACACUUUGAUAUUCAAAGUCCUGAAACUGUGCUCCUUUUGGCAAAGUUGGCACCAAGCUUUCCUCGUCCAAAACUUAAUGAAUGCAGCCACAUUGUUGCUGCCUGCUGGUGUGAGCACAGCUGAUAAGACAAUCUUGGACCAUGGUGCUAACAUAAUGCUAACAGAGUGGGAGAAGGCCAGAGGAAGAAAGAGAGAAAGAGGGAGAGAGACCCGUCAGGCUGCUUAGCAUGCCAAAUUCCUCAGCUGCACAAUAGUGCUAGGCUAGCCUGAGCCCCAGCACAGCCAGCCUUCUCCACCACAAUGGGAGGGGAAGCUCAGGAGAGGCCGUGACGCCUGGGGAGGGAAGGAACUCACUCAACCCUGGGACUGUGAUGGUUGGAUGAAUGGUUGCUUUGAGAAGGCGGCGUGUCAUUUUAGGACCACAAAACACUCUGUGCAGAGAUGUUCUCCUCCUGUUAUUGAUAUCAACCUUCCUCCUGAUAAUGUCAUAGAAGGGGGAAGAAUCACUGCCUGAUGUUAUUUUUAGAGUGCAUGAUUUAUGCACGAGUUGCAUUCCUGCACACUGGCACAGAGGUUUGUGAGUCUACAUGUCAGUAUGUUGUCUGAGUCAUGUGACACCUCUUGUUUUCUUUAGUCCUUCUGUUAGUAUGUGGUGAGUCUGCCUGCUUACAUCGUCAAAGUGAUCAACAUGCCAACGAUGUGGGCCACGCUGCGGUUAUGUAACCUAAUCAUUGCUUUGGCUGUUUACACUCCAGCAACUAAUUAUUGGUGUUCAAUAUGUAUCAGUCCAGUCAGACGCGUCUAAAUCAGAGUUGUUUGAGCUGAACUUUUCAGGUCAUUGCUCCACUGGUAUAAUCUCAAACUUGACUCCUCCUAACGUCAUCUAAAUGGUGUAUUUUUCCUUUUCCAGGUGUUUAAAGACUCACUGCGCUACCCUCUGGGCCACACUGACUUAAAGGCUGACACACUCAUGGCACCUCCCAGUUGAAAGAAUGGCCCAGAUAUCAAGCGGUAAUGGGUUCAAGCUGGAUGUCCCUCAGCCAAAGGGGGCUGUGGGGAAAGAGGAGGCCCUCCGCAUGGAGGAAGAGGCUUUAGCAAAGCUGCAAAGGGAGAAGAGACACACCCUGUCAACUUCAGCUCCGGCGUCGUCCUCCGCAGCAUCCCCUGCGGUGUCUUCAGCCUUCUCCAAACCAAAACCUUCAAAGUCUACCACUACUGCUCCUCAACCAUCACCCUCCACUCACAGACCAGAAAAGGACCUCAUUGUCUUCCCGGAGACCAAGAAACAGGCGGAGCAGGACAAGUUUAGGGACAUUGACGUGGACAAACUGACCAAUGAGGAACUUGAAAAGCUCCUCCUGGAUGAAAACUUUGGAGCGAACAGUAAGGUGUCCCGCCCCUCACUGCUGGGGUUUAACCUCAGUGCCUCCUACCCUGGAGGCCAUGCUUGUAGCUCUCCUUUCCAGGGUGGCCAGUGGACCCCUGUCCUAUCCACCCCGUCUAGCUCCAGUGUGUCCACUCCCACCCACCAACCCAUCCCGGUGUUCCCCUCGGCUCCAUUCCCCAAACCAGGCACAUUUCAGAACGGUUUCACUCCAACCAUGUCUCCCUUUAUCACCAUAUCGACACAGCAGCCAUCCUUCAUGGCGUUUACUCCCAUCCAGCCUGCUGCUACGAUGGUCUUCCAGCAGCCGACCGUGGACCCGGAGAUGGCCAAACUCUUUGACAAGAUUGCCAGCACCUCAGAAUACUUGAAGAAUGGCAAAUCGGCCAGCACUGACCUAGAUUCCUCUCAAACCGGCACAGCAUCCCUGGCACCCAACCCACCACCUCAGCAGCCAGCAGUGACGGAAUCCUCCGGCAUUAGCCGCUUUGACUGGCUGGAUCUGGACCCGCUCACAAAGCGUAAAGCCGAGAACGAGGAGGCAUCCCAGGCGUCAGGAGACGCUGCACAGACAGCACCAGGACCUUCUGCUGGGGAUCCUUGGGACGCAGUGCUUGAGACUGGAGGGAAUAGCGCAGACAGCAGCAGCAGCCCCCAGCUGGAGGCAAAAGCGUCGCUGUCAGGUCGCUCGCAGCACAGGAGGGCUUCAACGGGAGCAGCUGUCACCAGGAGUCACUCACUUAAUAUCCCAGGAACUUCCUCUCAGCACAAACCAAACAGUCAGGUAGGAUCACUCUCUUAUGAUAUCAUUUCAGGUCAGUUAUUAACAUGAUCGACCCUUAGAACUUAUCUCCUCAGGCAGAUCUUUACGACACACGCUGGUGUCCUGACUGACCUCACAGUCGUCUGCCAGAGCCGCCGAUUCCCUCUGUAUAAUAAACGAUAACGCUGCAUCCUCGUGUUCACUCCAUCAGAAUUAAUAUUUGUAUUCAGGGAAGGAAACUGUGACCUGCCAAAUGUAAACACUGUUUCCUUAUAUUCAUCUAGCUGCUUAUGAAACAGACGGUAAGUCCAACCAGCAGGGACGAGACUGAAAUGAUCUUUAUUGUAGUUUUUAAUGCUUGAAUAAUAAAAGGGGGAGGUAGAGCGUGCAGCCUGACCAAGCAGGGAUGAGCCUCAGCCCGAACCUUUAUCUUUCUCUGGACUAGGAAUGGGCGUUUUAAGAAAGCCCUUCGAUUGAUUAAUCAAAUCAAUUAAUGAUAGAUCAUCGGUUUGAUUGUUUACUUAUAUGACUGGCAGAAAAUAUGCAAAAAACUUGUUUUUCGUCAUUGAACCCCCCCAACUGUUGCUCAGGACUGCACGCUACAUGCUUACUCGCGCUUCCUGGUGGGAAUCACCAGUGGCCCCAUGAUACAAUAUUAUCGCGUUACUUGGGCCACGAUACGAUAUUAUUGCGAUUUUUUUACAUUUUGCAAUCCAGUGAGUAUUAUGAGACAAUAUAUUGCAAUUUAUACAAUUUUGUCAACUGUUUAGCUAAUUUAGCAUUUGUCUUUCCUUCGUCUUAUUUACGCUGUACUUUAUUUUCCUGUAGCACUUCUUGCAAACCUCAUUUAUAUUUAUUGCACCAACUUUCUCCUGCUCUAUGAUGUUACCUCUGCCAACCUUACUGGACACAAACAGUUGAUUUUAAUUCUCCAUUAUAAUAGAUUUGACUUCAUAUUAACAAUUAAUUUGAAAAAAUCGAUACUUGGUCAAUGAGACAAUACAAUAUAUUACCAGACAAAGUGUCCUGAUACUUUGCUGUAUUGACUUUUGUCUUCCACCCCGACCGGCUACUUUAAUAAACAUCAUUUUUUUUCUCAUUCAUGAAACGCUAAAAUCAUUUUCCGGGACAUUUUCGGACAACUUUAGCCGAGGACAGGUCAUCCAAAACGAGGACUGUCUGGUCACCCUACAGUUCCUCCUUGCUAGCAAGUAGCUGAUGAUAGGUUGAGACUGAGAGCACUCGGAGGAUUCAUUAACCUCAUUCGGAUGUACGUGGUUCAAGUGGUCCAUCACUGGGAUCCUAUCUGCCCGGCUACCGUGAUAAACGUGAACUGGCGAUGGACGCACGCUGUCAGACCUUUUUUAAUAACGAUAGAUCGAUCGAAAUUCUUAACGAUCAAUUCAUCUAUCAUCGAUUAAUCGUGUUCAUUCCUACUCCGGACUCCUCUUCUCUACUCCUUGAGACUCUAACUGUGGAGGCGGAGCGUACAGCUGAAGUGGAGACGGUGUAUCUUGUGUCAGGUCUUCAGUUUCAUCAUUCGAGUUCAUUUCCUAACACCGUCAUGUCUUUGCACGCCGAACAAAUAAAGAAAUCAAACCGCAGCUCUAACAUGGGCAGUAAUUAUAGAGAGAAGACAGAUAGAUGCUGGUGGAUCUUCCUCUUCAACCAAAACACCCAUCAGCCUCCUGCCUCAGUCACUCCUCUUAACAUCCUCUUCCUCCUGCUCCCUGUCAUUAACUUCUCUCACUGUGGUUAGCUUACCCACUGAUUCACCCCUGAGCUGCAUGUUGGGAUUAAUUUUGCCACGAAAGACACAAUGAUCCGAUUCUUUGCGAUGAAUAUUUGGAGCAUUCAUUUAGGACAGCGCUAAAGGCGAGCGGCCUGGGGCAGCCCGUAUCCUCUAAGUCCUUUGAUUCCCCCUUAAAACUGAUCAACCAUCUGUCAUCAGCUCUGAGCCGAGACAGGACAAGCGUUUGAGUCUCCGUGAACUUGUCACCCUCUGUGUCUCCCUCUUUAUUCGGCGUUUGAUUCCUUGGAAGUUGUGAAUCUGCUGACAGGAAGUAAAUGAGUAAAGGUUUUCACGCUUCAUGAGAACAAAGCUAACCUCCGUUUCUCAAAAACUUGGUCAUCACGCUGUUUUUUUGUGCGGUUUUUUAAUGGCGCUCACUUCCUGCUUAUUGUGUCCUGACCAAACAGUGAGUCUCUCUCCGGGACGUUUCUCACACCAUAAUGAUUAACCUUAAACCGCCGUACAAGGGAGGCGCUUGUUUUAAGGAUUCUCUAUGGCGAGAGAACAUGACGGACAUGACGGACGUUCAAGAAUUCCCUCCAGCUAACAGCAGGUCCAGCAAGUCUGCAGACUCAUCAGAAGCGUCGUGUCUGCUUCAGCCAGCUGUGUCGUCCAAGGAUGAGGAAUGUGUGCUUCUGUGGAGGCACGAAAGGGUGUUUGUUUACACUUGACUAUAUGUUAUGUCUAGGUUCAGGCCUGUGUUCGUCAUCAGGCCUCAGUGUUGUGUCAUGUGAGCCUUUUUAGCCCCCCACACACUUUCACUUCAACUUCAUUUGCAAACUUAUUUCUGUAAUCUCUAUAAAUGUGAGUUUAAGAUUGAGUUUCCUGGGCUGAUGCUCCGAUUCUGAUGCAUGUAGAAGUUUGAAUAAUGCGACAAAAGGGAACAAGAGGAAACCAAAGUCUGUUUCGACAUGAUCGUAUGAGAUAAACUAGACUUAAAAACCGCAGAGACUGUAAGACCAGGAACUUCAAAACCACAGGAGGAGUCUUUUAAAGAAGGUGCUUUCUUUCUCCGAGUUGAUUCAGAUUCCUGCGCGCACCACAAGGAUCAGUUUGCAGCGAUGACACAGCUCGGCCGAGGGCAGACUGUUAUCUGGGCUCGCUCUCUGAAGGACUCAAAUGUUGUUGUGCACUGAAAAUAGUUCCUCUCCUGCUUCCGUUUAAUGACUAAACCAGUGUUUUGAUGGAUUUUGCCCACAUGUUAUGCAACGGCGUGCUGCAGAAGCAUUUUUCAGAGCAGGCAGUUGUGGAGUCGACCGGUGAGGGGUUUUCCUGCAGCGCUGACAGCUUCUGGUGGAUCAGUUUACAAAGACUUCAGAAACAUUUGGGAAGAAACUUUAUCUGAGCGUUUACUGUUGGAAAUGUCGAAGUCCCUUUUUGAGUUAUGCAAAUAUUUUCAUCCAAACCAGGAAACAUUUUCAGGAGCUGUCAGGGUUUUACAAACGGGCGCUUUAGACACCAGCUGAGCCGUGAGAGGAGCACGGAGGUCAAUGUAUUUUCACCAGAUAUUUUCACGCAGAAGGUGGAACCCCUAUACCCCCACCCUGAUUAGUCGAUUUUUGGUCGAAAAUUUCAGGUAGGGCUGGGCGAUAAACUGAAAAUUUACCGAUACCAGCAUUUACAGCAAUAACCAACGCCAUUUUGCCCAUAUCGGUAUAUUCGGUGUCAAAAAAAUAAAUAAUCCAAAAUAGUUUUUGGAUGUGUGUAGGUAGGCUAUGGUCUUAUGUCCCUUUAAGACGCUGUCCUACGUCGGAGACGUGACUCCACCCCAUCCAGUCCGUAACAAAGAGGGAAAGACAGGUGAGGAGAUGGAGGACAGAGAGAAAGUUAAUGUAGGAGGGCGUGAGCAGCUUGUGGAGCAGUUAUCAUCUAUUUAUCGUUAUCGAGGUGAACUGAUCAAUAUAUUGUGAUAUUGAGUCGAGGCCAUAUCCCCCAGCCCUAACUUCAGCGUUUUAGUCAACCAAGAAUUUCUUUGGUUGAUCACAGUCUUAAUUCAGACCAUAUUAGAGCUUGAUCUCCAAACCAGACUGGCUCACGUUGUCAGCUCUCACAUGCUAAAAGGAUGAGCCACUAAAUAUAUUAAAAGAUCCUUAAAUCCACAUCUUAUCAUGAAGAUGAAAAUCAAUUCGCUCUACUCAAGGCUCAAUAAACACAAGAGUGAGAUCCCAAACACUACACCAAAGUUAUGUAAGAAAGUUACUCCCAAAGGACGUUAAAAAAAGCCGAUAAAGACUGAAUGUGACUCUGACAGGUUGACAGGAAGAGGAGGACAAGUGUUUUUAUGCCGUUAUUACACUUAAUUUUCAUAACAGCUCACUGUAAAGUGAAACCUUUUAUUGCUCUGACUUCCUCUCACAAAGUAUCGGCGAUGAGAGUGAACGCCCACCCAAGUUUUAAAAAUAACUCUGCAGCACAUGUAGGCUGAUUAGAUAGAGACGCUGCGGAGCGCAGACAGUUAGCAGACCCUUCUUCAGGCUCACAUUCAAGGUGUAUGAAGUGAAGUGAAGAAACUACAUUUAAAGUGAGUGUAACUGCUGUGAAACUGCAAUCUAAGGUCCACAUUGAGAAACUCGAGAAACCCCAAAAAUCAGAGCAGACCAGACAUUUCACCAUGUGCGGUUGAAACGACUUUCCUCCGCUGAUUCACUUGUAAGUAUGUGUCUCAAUAAGCUUUUUGGGGCACUGUGAUUCAGCCUGAGGUCGUCAGGGUUUUGUUGUGGUUGACAUGAUGUGGUUACACGGGCAUGUGAACAGUAAGAUGGAACAAAUGAGCCCGAGCUCGGACAGUAAGUCAGAGUUUCUGGACCAACUUUAGAGUACGCCUGACUCAUUCAGACUCAUCUGCUUUUCAUUUUCAGGUAUUAUUAAACUACUUUAAUAAAAAAAAGUAAAAUAUCUGUAUUUAAUAUCGUCUGAAGGCUGAUCUGCUGUUUUAGUUUUGGCAUCAGCUGAUGAAAACAAAGAUUGAUCAACCACUGGGACUGUUUUCUGGGUCUUGUCCAGUCAAACUUUGAGUUUCGGUUGUAAUCACAGGUUUAUAACGGGGUAUAUUGAGUCUGAGUGUGUGUGUGUGUUUGAAGCUCAGUCUCCUACCUGCUCCUACAAGAGUGUCUCAUUGUUUCCUUCCCUUGAUCACUUUGCUGUCAUCCUUUCCUCCUUCUGUACCUCGGUUUCCUCAGAUCCUGUUGGGUCUAGUUAGUCACUUCCCUGGCGUUGACUGUAGGUUAGUGAUAAUAAUCAGUCAAACAAAGAACUCAAACAGCAACAACAACACCUGUUCAGACCUGGCUCCACGGUUUGAGUCAUUCAGCUCCCUGUUUCAUGUCUGCUCUGAGGAAGACUUCUUAUCAGUGCAGUUUUUUCAGGGAUGGGAGUUCUGCUGGAUUCAGGGUUGUUUGGUUUCCUCUCAUACAGGAACGGGUUAGUUAGUUUUACAGACUAGUUAAAGGGAUAUUCCAGAGCAAAAUUAAGUUAGGGUCAAACACACCGUAACACCGAGUUAGACCCCCCCUCCAGAGAUGAAUGUUGCCGACCGCUUGCUUCUCUAGUUAUACCAACUUUAGUAACGACCGCAGGAUAGCAAUACAGAGAGCCACGCGCUCAACCAAAGCGCCACUCUAUAUCCACAAAUAAUGCUCAGAACAGCACCUAACUUCAUCAACAGGACAUAUAGGGUCACAGACAUAGUACUAGACACCAAACAUCUUUUUAACUUUGACUCAUUUCUUUAGCAAAGAGACUAAACACAACUCACCUACUCUCUUCCAGCAGCCGUUUGCUUGUACGGAGACCUCCAGGCGAGUCUAUUGAGUGCAGCGGAGUUUCGCAGCUCAAGGAAGAACAUUUAUGAUCAUUACUUCAUGGAAAUGCAAUCAGACCGAGACGCUAAGGCAGAAGAACUACCGUGUCUGCAGAGAAAAAUGAUUAAGAUGGUGAUUAUUACUUCAAGGAAAUGAUCAUAAAUGUUCUUCCUUGAGCUGCGAAACCCCACUGUAGUUCAUAAUGGACUGGCCCGAGGUUUAGUCUCUUUGCUAAAGAAAUUAGUCAAAGUUAAAAAGAUUUUUGGUGCCUAGUACUAUGGCUGUGACCCUAUAUGUCCUGUUGGUGAAGUUAGGUGCUGUUCUGAGCAUUAUUUGUGGCGUUUUGGUUGAGGUUUGUUUAUGGCUCCUCAGACUGCUGUGUAUUGCUAUCCUGCGGUCGUUACUAAAGUUGGUAUAACUAGAGAAGCAAGCGGUCGGCAACAUUCAUCUCUCGACAGGGUGUCUUAAUUAAUUUAAUGCUGGAAUAUCCCUUUAAAAGUUUGAGCGUGGUCAUGGAGAUCAUCAGGGUGAUGUUAUGAACUCGUUGGAUGUUGUGUGGAGGUGUUACACACUCCUCAGCGUGUCUGUACCUGCUUUCUUCAGACUGAUUCGCUCUGAUCAAGAUCACAUAUCUCUGCACGACUCCACUAUAUGCCGUCAUGUAUUUUGCGUUUUUCCAGCCAAGUGUUGCACAGUUGAAUCUCUCCUUCCCCCGCAGACCUCUUUGAUUUUCACACCUCCGCACCAUCCCGCUGCAGACUCCGUUCUCUUUUAUCACCGCCUAAUUAGACCUCAGCACGGGCGCGAGAUGAAGCAGCAGUCUUAACACUCAGAGAGCUCUCAGGGUUUAAAAAAAACACGAGUGUGUGUUUAUGUUUAUGUGUGUGUGUGACUCAGUGGACAAACAGCUGUGCGUCUCCUGACCUUUCACCUUGUUUACUCGCUGAAAACAGGAGGCAUAUUGUGGAUAAGGAGAGAGGAAGCAGGUACAAACCAGAUACUGAUGCGCGGAACAAAACCAGCGCCGGCGUGUUCAGGGGGAAAAAAAAAAGAGUUGAUUUAUUAUGCAAUGUUUUUGAGAAAACAUCCCAGUGAGCGCACAGAUUGGAGCCACAUGACUGAAAAUAACAAACAACCAGGAAAAAAUAUGACGGGGAAACAUUUUUCUACGCUGAUGAUGAAUACUCACUAUGAGCUGUCGGGUCAGAGAGUGUCCUGAAAGAGUUGAAGAGUUUACACUGGAGAUGAAGAUGAAGAUGAUCUUUCUCACGUUUUCUGUAGUUAGAAGAAGCUGGGAUGUGGAUUAAAAACAGACUUUUGAGAGUUUGAGAAUCCUUUUUAUCCUGUUUGACUGAAAAUAGUGGGAAGACAGCGGAUGAAAUGUUGAAUGAAAAUAUUAUUGUUGUUUAAAAGUUCAAGUGUGGGUCCAUCUGAGGAGACCCUGUCCUAAAUUUAGGUGUCACACUGCCUGAUAACAUCACGUCUACUAAACAGUAAAGGAUCUCCAGGUCUGGACUCUUCUCCUCCAGGGCCAUGCUGUUGUAAUCCCUGCUGAAUGUGGUUUGCUGAAACACGAGGGUCUUGGUCUGGAUGGCAGCAUUUGUUACUUUAAUACCUGUCGAUGUGGUUCAGGAUUAAAGGGGACUUCACAGACAUGUCAGUGAUCCAUCUGUGGUUUUUGGAUUUGGUUGAAAUAAGCCGGAUGGACCCUCUCCUCUCCAGGAUAGAGAACUGUGAAUCUACGACUCCCAAAGGAGUCCCAGGAGCCGGAGGAGACGUCAGCACUCCUCAUGGUCAUGGUUCGACAUGGUUUCAGCCUGUAUUUGUGGAUGCAGCGGCUGAUUUUUUGCUCUGACAGUGGUUUCAACCUGUAUUCCACUUCAGAGUCAGUAUCACCCAAAGGCCAGAAUAUCAUAGCUAUCCAGUUUUUUUUAGUCUGUCCCCCUUUUUUAUGGACAUUUGUUCUUCACGUACGGAAAAUUAUUGCAUUCACCAUAAAAAGACUGGUUUUUUUGUUUGUUUGUUUUGUUUUUCAGACUAAUUCUCUGGGAUCAUGAUCAUUACUCUUAUUACUCUCAUCUGAUUGUAUGAGAUUCUUGCAGGAUUUUGAAGUUUCUCGUUCAGUCAGGAAAAAAAAUGUCCAAAAACAGAAGGAGAAAGAAAAAAAAAUCAUACAAAAAACAGAAUAAAAAUUUGUCAGAGAAACAGAAAGAAGGGAAAAAAUAUUAGUACAAAAAACUGAAGAAAAAAUAGUCUGAAAAAACAGAAGGAAAAAUUUUUUUGAGGAAAAUAUUUUUUUAAAAGUUUACUUUUUUUUUGCAGUACACUUCCAUAAUAACAGGACGUUGUUCUGAAAAUGCUGAAUCAUUGAAUUGCUCACGCAGUCUCUCACAGAGCGCUGAACCUCCUCUCAGUCGGCUGAAGUGGAUGUUUCUUAGGUGUGUAGACUCAUGUGCACUUUACCGUUUUUAAUAUGAACUUUCAUGUGUCUUUAAUAUCGUUGCUGAACUCGUCCAGAUCAUUUUACAAACUAAUCACAGCAUGUGUUUGUGUGUGACAGUCUCUCUGUGUCUGUUUCUCCACAUGUUUGACUUUAUCUCACAGGAAAUGUGAGUUCAUGAAGGAUCGGUCACUUCCUAAUCGAAAGAAGAAGUUGUUUUGUGUUUUCUGAGCAGCUCGUUCCUCUGAUUUAUCAACAGCCGAGUUUCUCACGAGCACGAGGAGGUCUCGUCUCUGCAGCAGGAUUCAACCAGAAAUGUUUAAGAGAUGAUGUCAAAAUCACUUCAGCUGACACUAAAAGGCUGCUGAGCUUUUACAACCCUGAAAAAAAUCGAUCAGCGUCUUUUCACUAAGUGCCCGAUCGGCAUGAGAGCAUCACUUAGCGGUUGUAAAAUGAAGCCUGCAGCUACUGUCCUGUUUUCUCCACCGGGCUGAGGAUGACAUGCUGCACCGUGAAGCUUCUCAAUGAGGCUUUUCUCAAAGUUUGUGUCCUGAACGGCUCCCAGGUUUUUUGAGACAUGGAUGAGGUUUCCCGCUCACGGUACCGUCAGCCCAGUCAUUUUCAUUAGACUGGCACAGAGAGUAGAGGAGAGGUGUCUGAUGUCUGGAUGUUUGCUGUAACUCAAUACUAAUGUUGGGAUUGGAAUUACCAGCAGCCACUGGUCGUAGCUGCGGCUGCAGGAGUUUUUUAUUUCUGCUGCUGAGCACAGACAGAACAAACAUCUCAUGUAGCUCUGGCACGUUUUUCUCUAUCAUACACCGUCUUUUCUGGGAAUUUAUAAAGUGGAUUUUUCAGUUUUCACUCAAAUCAAAUCUCCCUCUCCUGCAAGUUAAAAAAGAAGAGAGACAAGUGGAGGUGGAGGGAGUAACUGAACCAGUGGAUGAAGGUUACGAACUUAGAUGCAACCUGUAAAUUCUGCUGAUGUUUCAAAAUUAACCCGUCUAACCUGCAUCACAAGUCCUGUGAUAGUGACUAUGUCCCUCUCCAUGUGGUUUUCUAUCACCGUGACAUAUGUGCCCUUGUAUAGAUGCUGAAACACUCUGUGGUCUUUAUAGUUUUGCAGGCCUUACGUCUUCAAAAAGGUUUCUCUUAUUCGAACGUCUGUGCGGUGUGGCGACGAGCGUGCGUGUUUACACUCUACAAUCGUGAUAGUCAGAGACGCUGCCUGCAGGAUGGUCGGUUUCUCUAUGUUUCCAAUUAAAGUGAUUUUAGAUAAACAUUUAUCUUAGAUUAAUCCUGAAAAAUGAGGUGGUGACAGCAUGAUGGGACUGUUGUGAAAUUGUGAAGUUCAAACAUUUUCUUUUCAGCCUCACUUCGUGUAAUUUUUGCUGUAAAAACGCACAAAACUUUAGAAAACAGAUAAAGUUCUGGUCGUAAACUUUUAAAAUCUGCAGAUAUUCAAAGCUCAUGUUUUGAUAUGAUAUCGCUCAAUUUCACCAGAGAGCUCCUGCAGACUCUCACAUCCCUGUACACACGUUGUUAGAAACCAUCAUCAUUCAGGACGUCUAAAAAGUUGCGUAACUGCUCUCUUCUGUCCGUGAGGUUGAGCUAACCCAGAAAAAUAGCAGGAAUAGUUUAACGUCUGUGUCAUUUUGUCGAAGUCACGUGUAUCGUAAUUGAUUUAGUCUCACUCUGGAGCAGAAUGUGGUCGACUCACUGAUGAAGGACUCUCCGGAGAAAAACACCUCAGCAGCUCCAGCGGCUGGACUCUCACCAAAACAGACGUGUGUGUGAGGGCGGGAGACGAAUUAUGACAGGUCUCGUGUCUUUUCUAUAAUCCACAAGUCAAAAGACGUGAUCAGCGUUUGUUUCACAUCAGAGUUGUCCUAAAAACAGAAGUCUUUAAAACUAGAAACCUGUAUUUAGGUGACUGUAGUUAUAAUUGUUAGGAGAGGGGAUACAAAUAGACAGCAUGGUUAUUUUUAUGUCUGUUUCUUCCACAACAUCAUCUGAUUGGCCAGUUUCACAUGACUGUGUGACAUAACAGAACGGGUUAACCGCUAACUCCUAUAAAUAAUAAAGUUCUUUUGUUGAUUAUAAUCAGACUUAUAAACCACUUAUGAUCUGGAUUGUAUCGGCCCUAAAAAAAAGCAGUUCUGGUCAACAUGGUAAGGGGGGCGUCACUGAUUUCACUGACAGGUUGUAGCCUAUGGAGGACGAAAAAUGUCAUAAGUAGAAAUAAAUAAAUAUAUAAAUAUACAAAUAAAUGGAUAAAUAAAAAAUUAAAUACAUGAAUAAAUAAAUAGAUUAAAUAAUUUUUGAAAAAUAAAAGGUAUUUUUUUUUUUAAUUUAAUUUAUUUUAUAUUUAUUUAUAUUUAAUUUUAUUCAUUUAUAUAUCGUCACAUUUAUUUAUUUCUACUUUUAUUUAAUUAAUUAUUUUUACAUUUAUUUAUGUAUUUAUUUAUUUAUUUUUAUAUUUAUUUAUUUCUACUUAUGUCAUUUUUGGUCCUCCAUAGUAGCCACCAUAACUCCACCUCAGUGCUGUUGUCUAUCUUGGAGGAAACAUUUUAAAUAAUAAGAACUUUAUUGGUGUAAUUACAACAGCAGAUUAGAAAAAGGAAAUCAAUCAUACAAUCAUAGUAAAUAAAGAAGCAAUAAAAAACUAAAUUAACAGCAUUUUAAGGUCAAUAGACUCCCUGAAAAGACAGAAUAGAAACUCAUUAAAACAAACUAAUAAGUAAACAAAUAAACAGAUGAUUUCCUUGACACUGUGUAUAUUUAUCCAGUUUUUUCACUGCACAGACAUUAUAAAAGAGUAUUAAUUUCUUUAUGUAGAGUAUGUGAGUAACAUUAAAUAGCUUUAAAAUAAUAAUAAUAUCAGAGGGGCUGCAAAACUUUGAUUAUUUUGCACAAGUUGCAUGGUUCACAAAUCCAGCUUGGUUUGUUUCAUGAAUGCAACAUUCAUGAACGAUUUAUUUUAAUGGGAGUCUGUGUCUUUACAUGCUUACAUUCCUGUUUUGAUCCAGUACAAGAUACCUUUAGAUGAACCGAAUAAUAAGUGCAUUAAACACGGCUGACAGGGAGUUUUUUAAGGAACAAUUAAAGUUAGAUAAGGCAACAUAUUUGAUCCCAGUCAUUGUUCGGUGAAGUGUAAUUAAAUCGUGUCUUAACAGGUAUCACAGUGAUUUUGUUUCAUUGAGCUUCUUGUGACUGCUACCCCUGUGAGACUUCCAUGUUCCACGGCUGCGCUGUCAUGGAUUAAACCAUCUUUGUUCAUAUAUCUGUCAAACCGUCACACGCCACCACUUCCUCUCUAUGACCCUCAUCAGUCCUCUGAAUCUUCCUGUAUGUUGUACUCUGUUGUACUCUGUGUUUCUGGUGUUACGGUCAGUCCAGCGACACAAGGUGGUGAAAUCAGAGACAAGGAUUUGUCAAUGUGUGAAUCAUCUGAAGCUGUUCCCAUGACUCAAGACACCAGGAACCGUACGUACGUCUGCAUCCAGCCAGAAUCGAUAGAGUGAAACAAAGCCGGGCCUGUCCUGGCCAACCGCCUGCUGAGUGUGUGUGUGUGUGUGUGUGUGUGUUGUACUGUGAUAGUCGGCUAACUCGACCUCUGUGGCGUUUCUGUCCAUGUUUGUUUUCACUGCAGAGAACCUUUCUCAAACAUCAAUACUUCAAACGUGCUCUGAAGGUUUUCUCUCUUUUCUGAACUUCGUUUUCUUUCUGUCUCUGUCGUUUUUACGUUUUUUCAGCCCUCUUUUUUGUUGUCUUUCUCUGCCGCCUCAGUCAACCUUCUUUGUUGUGUAAAUCUUUGAAUGUGGAGCUUUAUUUAAGAGGACGAGGAGAAGUUGGAAAGCUUGGAGUGUGUGAGGAGUGAAAGUCUGAGACUGAAUUUGUUCUGGUAGGAACCCAGUGUCCUCUCUCUCCGUCUUGCUGUGAGAUGCAGGUGGUUGAGCGUCAGGCUUGGCCUCUUUUCCACGCUCCAUGCUGACUUGGAGAUUUCUGUCUCCUGGUGUUAAGUCAGGUCAGUUUAUUGCUUUGAACUAGAAGUCUCUGCUCUUGGCUGCAGUCACAGUUUUUUUCUGUGGUGUGGUCCUAAACACGUGCUUUUCAGGAUUGGUGACCCUAAAUUACCUUAAAGUGUCUGGUUGUUUUUCUCUUUACAUCAACGAUACACCCUGUUUGUUGUCCUUUAACAGCUGAGGUGGGCUGCAGCCCCCUAAACCCCAAAGUUAAAGGGAUAUUCCUGCGUAAAAUUAAUUUAGGGUCAAACACACCGUAACACCGAGUUAGACCAUUUCUUUAUCAUUUUAUGCUGCAAUAUCCCUCUUAAUAUCAACCAAUCACAAACUGGCUGGGGCGGGACUAGUUACCCAAGUAACCAGGAAAAGAUAAGCUUGUGAUGUACAGAGACAGAGUAGCCCAUUGGUCAGUUUUUUGCGCAUUAACAUCUGAAUAACCGAAACAAUACAGCGUUAUUUUAGACUAUUCUUAGUUGUAGCAGAAGUUUGUGCGUUUUUAGAUAAAAAUCUAUCAUUUACAUUUUCAUUUUUCAGCUUCAACUUGACAUACAUGCUUACAAAUGUUCCAAAUAGUCUUUUUGUGGUUUGAAAAACAAAACAAAUUAGAGGAUCAACAAGUUUUCUGUCUGUGUGUGUUUUUUUUUCACAUUUAAAUAUCCAGUCACAGGUGUAUGUUUGUGCGAACGUGGGAGGAAAAUGGAUCCAUAUUUUUUCAUUUUAACAACAGAAGUGACAGCGCAGUGACCGUAAACACUUAAAGCCGACAGCUGAAACAUAAAUCUAUGAGAUCAUCUUCACUGUUUAGAAGCAGGGACUCCUGAAAUGUAAAAUUUUACGCAACAAAGAUGCAACAAACUCUCUAUUUUCAUGCAAAGUAAUGUAACGCUCCUCACCAAACAGUGUUUAUGCAUGGAUCCUUUGUCUUUAUCAGUGUUGAGUUUUUGUUACCCUCUGUGCAGAAACCCUUCUGUUUCAACAUUCAGAGUUUGUUUUUAAAGACGGGGACGUGUGGUAUGAUGGUGAGAUUUAUCUCCUCAGAGGCUUUUAUCCUAAAAGAAAUGGAUCUGACAACUUGGAAAACAGGAUGAAGAGUUUUCAUGUUUUUCUUUUUCUUUUCUUUUGUGCUUAAAGCAAAAACUAAAGUCACGCUGACCUGGCACUGGACAAGUGUUCAUAAGAUAACCUCUCGCAGCUUUUCUAGUUUCCUUUUCACUGUCACUGCUCACUAAAGUCCGAAUCUUCCUGAACUCAUCAAAAAAAACUGAGAUUCAGAUUUCCCAGAAGAAAUAAACUAUCAUAACGACAUUCCUAACAUUUCCCUUCACCCUCUCUCUCUUUUUUUCCCUCGUCCUCCUCCCUGGUCUUCAAUCUCUCUCUCUCUCUCUCUCUCUCUUUCUCUCUCUCGCUGUCUCUCGCUCGCCUGGAGUGAUGUCAGACUCGCUGAUUUCCAACUCAUGACAGAGCAGUUUUACAGACGGCUCAAGAGUCUGGCGCAGGAAGGGGAGGGUCCCUUUCACUUCUCAUUUCCUGUGCCACAGGAAACACAUUCCUCAGCAGCUGGCAGUAAGACAGCGGUAAAAAAAAAAAAAAAAGAGCUGUGUGCGAGUACGAGUUCCCGGCAGCGGGCCAGCCUCCUGGAAAGAGGGCUGGCUCAGGAGUUUAGUAUCUGUGAGUGAGGGAGAGACCGACACGUACAACCCCGUCAGCUGAGCUCAGUCAAAGUCUACGAGCAGAGAAAUGAUUUAAUAAAAAUACUCUAGUUUCUCUUUGUUUAGUAAAGCUUCAUUCAUUCAAUCAGGUAAAACAAAGAUGAUUUCUGUGGCCACAGGUAUGAUGACAUUAAAAAUUUAAUUCAACAUUAAAAAGUCUUGGGAAAGAUUCUGAAGCCCACGGCCAAAAAAGUGCAGAAACCCUCCCCUUUAAUCUGAAUUAUUUAUACUUAAAGAGGGUAAACCUUUUCACAGUUUAAGAGACACUUUGAUUGAGGAGCUGACGAAGAUCUCUCGGCCCCCGCUGACGUGUUUCUCCCUCAAUAGGAUUCAUAGCUCUGCUGUGUUUUUAAUAAAACCGCCUCUUUAACAAUCCUCAAACACAAAUCAGUGUAAAGACUCAGUCUGAGCCUCAUUGUCUCAGUCAGUCCUGUUAAACUGAAAUACAGGGUUCAUAUGUGCACGACCCUUUAGGUGGCAGAACUACAGGUGGUCUCCUUCUCGUUUUCUCUAACCUUGCCUCUCUCUCUCUCUCUCUCUGUUUGUCGUUUUUUCUCCCUCCUGCAGGACAAGGGGAAAGGAAAGGGCUUGGUGAAAAACGCCGCUCUGGAUGAGCAGGACGCUCAAAACCUGGAGGUUGUCGCCUUCUGUGAAGACGUAGCAACGUAAGAUCCUUUCUGCCGUCCUGACGAUAAAACACGUAUGAGGGUGAAGGUUUACAGUUAAAGGAGGGGUAGGCAGGACUCCAUUAAAGAAGCAUCUUAAUAUCAGUCAAUAGAUAUUAGUUAUUGAUGACAUUUUGAUCAGCCCGCUCUUUCUGACUGUAAACAAAGCCGUUCUCCACCUCCUCUAACCCGAUUGGUUGUGAGGCAGACGCUGCUCCCCCGUGUCGUUCAUGAGCCCAAACAAAGUUAGCGUGCUACAAUAUCGGACAGUAGAAACCAACCAGAAAGUUCGGAAAAUCGUCUGAAUCCUCCUUUGGCCACGACUGCCGACACAAGCAAGAAAACAAAGUAAAUACUGGAGACUCUGGAGGAAUAACGGGCGCUUAAAACGGAGGUAGACCGGACAAGAGCUAAAAAGCCGGGUCAACAUAAACGAUGGGGGACACUUGGGGAUCUUGGUGACCCUGUAACCUUUCUGCUGGACAGGUAAACCGCUUUAACAAAGUAAGACAAGUGUCUGUAACAGAAGUGUUUCUUGUCAAACGGACCUGCUGUAGCGUGUUGUAGCGCCAUCGCUAAACUGUCCUCCCUCGGGUCCUGGACUAUGUCACUUUAUCCUCGUUGUAGAAGUCCUGCAAACAUUGUGUUUGCUGGUAGUCUGUUGGCAUCUACAGUAGCACCAAUGCUUUUGACUUUCACCUUGACUGGGCCCCAUUUGUAAUGAUCUGAAGUAUUUAUCUGCAUUAUAUCUGAAGUUAAUUGGAACGAUACGAGCGAGCAGGAGCGUCUGUUUGUGGGCGGGGCUUGAGGGGAGAGGAGGAGGGGUAGAGUUUACAUUCAAGAUUUCUCCCAGAAACUGGCACUUCCUCAGAUCCUGACUACACCACCUUUAACUGAUGGCGAGGAAUUACAAUCUGAAUGAUGAAUGUUGGAGAAGUGAGGCUUUGAUUGGCUGGAGGGUGGCGUCACAUGAUCACCAAAGCCACCAGGAUUCUUCCUCUGAGGAUCAUGAAUAUUCUGUCAGUUUCCUGAGUGUGAACGGCCUCUGACUGAACUCUGGUGGUUAGUUUGGGUGGAGUGAUGAUGAAACGGCGCUCAGGGAAUCCGCUUUGAUUAUUAGAGUCACGCCCGCUUCAUGUCCAGAGAUUUCAUGCCUGAUGUUGGUAAACACUCGUGUAAAGGACAAAAAAACGACCUCUAACUUGAACCCAGAACAGGUGGAGUGGGUUUGAGGAGAUUUUGGAUAAUCUCACCCUAUGAUCAUGUUUUGGGUUCACAUUGAUAUUCAGGUUUUGCGUUUCCUUCUUCCUUUUAUCCGCCGUUAUACAACUCAUGAUCUCAUCCAGCGAUCUGAUCCAUGCCAGCCUGACCCUGCUGUGUUUUCAUUGGCCGACUAAACCAAAAUACAGACGAGAAAAUGUUGACUCUGCUCUGUUGUGUUUUUUUUUUCCCCCUCUCCUGGCAGACUGCGCUCCAAGUUCCCUCAUGACGACAGGUCCACCAACCCCGGCUUCGUCCUCAGCCCUGUCAUUACCCAGAGGGACGGUGGAGGGGACAACAGCUGCUCUGUCAAGGUUUCCAUUGAAAUCUCUGAGUCUCAGCAGCCUGUAACCUUCACCUGUGACGGUAAGAGUCCACGACAAGAGUGUGAUCAAGGAGACUAAAGUAUUUGACCUUCAUAAAAAUAUAUUAAACUGCUAAAAUCUAAAGAGGAGUGAAGGAAGUCUGUGUCCACGUCUCAAACCUUGAACCCUGUCUGCCUUUAAGAGUGAGCGGCUCAGAUUGCAGAUAUGAGUUCUGAAGGAGGAAACGACAUCCACAGCUGCCAAACUUCUUACCCCCUCCCCGACUCAUUUUUCUGCGUCUUUUCGGUUUUUUUUUUUUUCCUGCCGUGGGAAGUACACUUUGUUCCUUUUUCCGCACAAAUAAAAGUUUGUCCCCCGCGCCAGAAGUGUAGCCAUGUUGGGGCAUAAAGAGGACCGGAGUCUCACGUGUCGAGGUUUCCUUCUGUUAUCAGCGAACUUUCUCACUGUACUCGCACAGAAGUUCAGCUCCAGUGAUUGACGUGUCUUUUGGGACCUGGAGCCAAAAACACGAGAGGCUGUCUGCCAGUCCUGUCAGACAUAUUGUCCCAAAGUUCGCCACUGUCUCUGCGGUCCCCGAGGAUCAGCAUUAGGGCCACUGUGUGUGUUUAAGUCUGUGUGUUUAUUUAUCAGACACUUGUUUCUUUUAUAGCAGCCCCUGCAAACAUUAAUGCAGAAGUAAACCCUCAGCCCUCUUCACUGUGUUUAUGUAACUGUCCCACCGACCCAGACGCCGCUCCACGUCGCCUCCUUUAACAGAAACAACCUUUAGGAAGUUUAUUUUCCAUUUCCGAGGUGUAUUCGGCUCGUCCUCCUUUAUUCCCUCUGCUCCGGUCACUUCCUAGAUGUUCUUCCCUCUUUCCUAUCAUGCUGCCUCGAUGGUUGUUUCCUGGUUUACAUCCCGUGUUGUCAGCGGCGGCGUGCUGACCCACAUUGCUGCUGUUUGGAUUCCUUUACAGGAAUCUGCUCUGGGGAACAAUAGGGCUCAGUUCUGCUCCAAGCUUUGAUAGACGGAUAAAGAGAGAGAGAGAGAGAGAGAGGGGACUUUCUUUUCUUCCUUUCUUCCCCUCCUUUUAUUCGCUCACCCUCCUGUUUUCUUCCCUGUCCUCUUUUUGUAGCUUUUCUGAAUCUGUUUUGAAACGAUUCCUGGAAUAACUUGAUCAUUAAAAAGCCAUAAACUCUGGACAGCCUUACACACACUUAUACAAACCUUCAUUUACCAGCAAUAAUCUGGAAAAACACCAGAGUAAUAAAUGAGAUUAAGAUCAGUCAAUAAAUUACUUGAACCAUUUAGCUGUCUGAAUGUGUCCCAGUAUCUUCUAUAUGUUGUUAUAACUCCUGAGUGACGGAGAAAAGACCUUCCUUUUCAUCGCUGUCUCAACGUUUACAUCCGUCUUGUGAGCUAGCACGAGCGACAGAGUCCUUCUGUGACUCUUUGUGGUGUAAAUCUCCUCUAGACUUCAUCCCAAUCCUCCUGUGGGACACUAAUGUUGGUCCUGCUCUCGCCGGUACGGGACUUACCUUUUUACCGCCUUUCUUGGACAGUAAAAAGUUGCUUUGAUUGAGCAAAUUUGACCGCCUCUUAACACUCAGGUCUCAGUGUUUCCUCUGUGCAGCUAUCCAGGGAAGCGCUAGGAUAUGUGUGCACGCACAACCAGAAAUUAUGACCAUUUAGUGCGUCGGUCUUUGUCAUCAUUUAGGUGCGUAGAUAACAGGUGUUAUAUUUGAGUGUAUAUUAUAUUUUAGGGUAUCUUUAAGGGGAGUCUCAUAGUCAAAGUAGGGCUGCACGAUUAAUCGGAUUAUUUGAUUAAGACGAUGUUAAAAAAAAUUAAAAUUGUCUAAUCGAUUUUCCUCUUUAUCAUGUCUCGUGCCUCCAGGCCACCGUAGGCUCCCCCUUGCUGCGGGAUGAUCCCUAGUUCCCACACACACCAGUGUAAACAAACAUGGUGUUUAUAAAAGAAGGCGAUAAUUUCGUGGUUAAAUAGGACAAGAGCGAGUCAGUCGUGUUGAAUUGGUACGACUUCACAGUUUCAGAUGAAGAGUAAACCACUCCCCGCUGUAAAGUCUGUCUGACGGCGGUAUCAACCCGUCACCACGGAAACAAAUUCAGGAGGAAACACUUAAGUUUUUUGCCGUUGUUUCAUCCACAUGGAAACAGCAUUUUUUUGAAAACAGGUCAGAGAGUGAAUAAAUCUGUAAACGACGACCAUUUCAUCUCCGUGUGGAUGUCUAUCUGCAUCUCUGGAAACGAUCAUGUGACACACAGAGUAACUCUUUUAUGGCGCUAAAACAACCUUUAAACACGUGCUCUGUACUCUUCUUCUGUCUUUUGUGCAUUUCCUGUGCAACGUUACAGCGCCACUUACUGUCUUGGCAUAUGAACUACAUCGUUUUGAGAGAUGAUAGAAAAACUUUUUAUUUUUAAAGUGAAGUUUGGUGAAGUCGUCACUGAAUAAAAACUCUAAAUCAGGAUUUUAAUUUUGACCAAAAUCGUGCAGCCCUAAAUCAAGAUCUGUUUGAGAUGCUACUGUGACUGUGACACAUCUAUGUUUACACAUCUAUGUUUGCUAGAGAGCGUACAGAAACAAAGACUCUUCCAGGGCUUGGCUGUGAACUCUGAGCUUCUGGGGAUUCCCAACACACUGUGGCUGAAGAGGAGAAAUGAAAGGAGUGGGGUGUGGGUGUUAAAUACCCAGAAAGAAAUAAAGAGAGAUGGGGGGACAGCAGGAACGGAGAGAAAGAUGAUAUCUUAAAGGCCGAUUUAUGAAAGACGGUUGUGAGGGGAACGGUGAGGGAAAAUCAGACGAUUCAGAAGAUUUGAUGUUUUAUUAAACGUGUGAGAUGAACGGGGGAAGAGUGACAGAUGGAGGAAACGCUGCGAGUUUGGCUCGGGUUCGUGUCUGCGGUUUGGGGGGCGAUGGAAGAGAGGAAACGCUGCCAUGUUUCUCCUUUAACAGACACUGACUCUCAGCCACUUAUAGUAGGUUAGGAAUAAGUCUAGAUAAGGUCGUCUUUUAUUUUUAUUCCACUACAUAGAAAUACACAUGUAGAACGGCUCACACCUUAAACUGUUGGAUUAAUUUCGGUUUAAUCUGCCUGAUAGAGUCACAGCUGACAGUAAAUCAUCGAUCGGUUCGUCUCGACCUCUUCCCGGUUAUUUCUCAGAGGUGAUGUGCUGUUCGGUUUGUUUUCAUGUAGCGUGACACGCAGGAGGUUCCAGCUGCAGGUGAGAGUUCACUUCAACAACUGCUGACAGGGCCCGAUUGGAGGAGAUAGGAGCACAGGAGAUAAGCUCCCAUAGACGCAGACUCUCAGUCCCUCUUUGUCCCUGGAUGUGAAUCUGAUAGUUGGACUGAGAUCUGUGUUUGCUCUGAGUCACGACCUGCAGGAGUUACAUCAUUCCUCUAUUACAUCUGUGAUUUAACAAGAGCCGGGUGACUUCUGCCCUCUCUCUUUGGCUCCAACACGACUCAGACAGGACCUAAAUCUUAGUUAAUGUUCUAGAUUUAUUAUUUUCCUUUUGACGUAUGUGUCAGAGUUGAUUAGACAAUCGCUGUUUUCGCUUGUUAAGAUGUGCGAUCCCGCCAAACCCGCCCGUCCAUGUGCGAAACAGUCAGCAGCGUUGGGAUGUGGAGCUGUUCUUGUCUCUCUGCCUCCAAAAACACCAGCCUGGGAAUUUUCUUACCACCUCAGCUCUCUCACAAAACGAGGCGCGGUCUGUCGAAGCUGCUUUGUUUCAAAACACAGUAACACUGGUACAACCUCUGCGACCACCCGGGCACACAGGACCCGGAGAAAACCAUUCCUCCUCAGGGCGGAGGUCUGUUCUCGCUGGAUCCGGGGGUGGUCUCUCCCUCUCCCUGUGUGCAAACCUAUAUUAAGUAACCUGUGUGUGUGUGUGUUUGUGCGCUGUGUAGAGCUCCUUAUCGGUGUUUGUGUGUCAGCAAGCUUCGCAAAGUGUUCAACAGCCAGGUGUCAGGUUACUCUUCCCCCUCAGUCUUCCUCUUGUUGGACACAUCAGAUACUGGAGCGAAUGUAAACACUACAAAAACACACACACCCACACACACACACACACACACACUCCGCUGUGAGUGUUCUUCAGAUCGGCGAGCAGGUUUGAAGUGAAACUCGAGCUGCGUAGAAACGAGCAGCGAAGCUUCGGGGUGCAGGAGAAAUUCAGGAAAGUGUGAGGUCCAAAGUUCAGUUCCCACAGCAGCACACACACGGGGCUCUGCAGAAGAAGAAAAUUGUAUGUUAUUGUAGCGUGACCUGACCUCCAAUCCCCUACAUGAAAAAUCAAGAGACGAACACCGGUCUUGAGGAUCUGAGCCAAUGUGGACCUGCGAGAAACUGCAGCUCCAGGAGUAAAGAUGGAGACGAAUAAGAGUUUAUCGAUAUUGAUGCCGUGAUGAGGGAUGGGUAUUGUUAAGAAUUUAGCGAUUCCGAUUCUCUUAUCGAUACGAUUCCUUAUCAAUUCUCAUUGAGUGAGACGUAACCCCUAGUUUUCACCGCAUCCAAAACGGCUACGAAAAGGCCGUAUCCACCGAUCAUAGCUGAUCGUAACAAUUCAAGUUAAUGUGUGAAUUUCCUGCUUCUUUCUGUUCCGCUGUGAUCGCCGGACUGCACAGCUGAUCGCAACAGUUCUAUUUUUUCCAGACACCAGAGCAUGACGGAUAAAUUCAGCACAAAAAGCAAAAUCCAAAUUUUGUCCCAAUAUAAGGCAAGCACUAAAAUAACUUUCGUAGAUGUAGCUAUCGUGUUUCAGCCCUCCGAUCUUGCUUUUUUCCGAUUUGGUAACUGAAACGCUGGGAACUCGGGUGUGACGUCAAUUUCAGCCCGAACUUCUGACUUCCAAGGUAACUUGAACGCAGCAUUAAACAUUACCUUGAUGACGCCGGGACGUUAGCUCCACUUCUGCUUUUCGCCUUUGCUAAGUGGCGUAUCAAACAUGUUACACUUUCGCAAAUUAACUGCAUGCUGGGUGGAAAAAUGUUUUCACAUAUUGGAAGUAUUCCCCUCCUUUGACAAAAUUAAAGCUUUGCGAGUAGCCCAGGUAUCAACUGAAAAUAUCAAAUGAAAUACAGCAAAACUCUGGAGAGCUUUUGCCUUGAUGCCAUGCUGGAAAGUUAUGAACCAAAACACACUUCUCACGUACUACGUCAUCGCUCAUAGAGACUAGCAGAAUCCUCAAGGAGGCAGACAAACAAUUCUAAGGAAUCGAAUCACUAGGAACCAGUUCUAAAAAAAACAGUUAUCGAUUCUCAUCCUUAGCUGUGAUUGUUAUUCUCAAGGAUCCUUCUGAUGAACAAAAAUAAGAAAGUUCUCUGUAUCAAAAACUGUGAUCUGGUGAGCUGAUCAUGUAUCUGGUCUCUGAUUGAUGACAGACCAUAACAAAAGAUUAGCUUUUCAUUGACAUUCAGAUAAGUGAUCACAGAUUACCUCGAUUUUUUUAAAGACUGGAUUCUGAAAGUCUGUCAACAUUUAAAAGGAAGAAAAAAAAACCCUGGCUGUUUCAGAAAGUUAACCAUCGUAAAGCUGCCGGUCUCACAAAGCGAGUGGAUUUUACCCGAAUGUAAAAACAGUCUCUGGUUUGUGAAUCUGUGGAGUCAGACCGUCUCUCGUCUGUGAAGCUGAUUUUGUCGCUCCCAGCUUGUGUCAGUUUUCUGUUAUUCAUGUUUUUCCUCUGAGAUAAUUUUGCAUCGUUCUAACUCCAUCUCAUCUCUCUUUAUUCUCCUCCAUCAUCCCCUCUCAACCGCUCCACAACCCUCCCUUCACUCCCUUCUAAUGUGGUUUAUAUCUUUCCAUCAAUAUCCCCCGCUCACCCUCUUUCCCUCCCUUCUCUCCUCUCCUCCCUCCUUCUUUCAGUGAGUUCUCCAGUGGAAUUGCUGAUCAGUCAGACUCUCUGCUGGGUCCACGAUGAUCUGGACCAGGUGGACUUCUCCAGCUACCUGCUCAAAGUCUGCGGCCGGGAGGAGGUGCUGCAGAAGUGAGUACCACAAACACAAGUUCUCGUCUGUUUUCUUACACCCCCUCACUCCCUAUCUUACAAAGAGCAUCCCCUCCCUCCCUCCCUCUCUCUGUCUCUUAUCUCGGUGUUUUCUUGUACAAAAUGGGGUCUGACGAAUGUUUCUAUAUUUCACCCUGUGCCCUCCUACACCGUGGAAAUUCUCCUCGCCCUCUAAUCUGGGAUACAUGGGAACGGUUCCUCCCAUGCCAGAAUUUAAAGGCCCGGUACAAGCUGAUGUUUAAAGUUGCAUAAGUAAUGUGUCAAGAUUAUAGCUGCCUAACAGAUGAGUGCGGUUCAUGCUGUGCAAUCAGGUGUGGUCAACAUGCAUACAGUUAAAAAUCCUCCCAGUGUAAGAACGAACCCUGAAACAUUCACAGAGAGCCGAGGUUGUAAAAAAGACCUGAAAUGCGUUCAACACUUACAUCACAGCUCAACCUGCAAUCAUAAAAAACACCGCUUUACUCUCCCUGUGAUCAAACUUCACCUUUUUUUCUGUAUUUGAAGCAAACAUGCAAAAUUUUCUCUGCACAGAACAGCAGCAGUCUCAGCGUUCAGAGCGUUUCGAGUAUCAAUUGAUAUUUUUCUGUUUCUGCAGGAAGUGGGUUUGAUACAUUAGGGGUUUUUUCACCCUCCUGUGUGAAAAGGAAACAAAAUAUAAACAUGCUCUGUGUCUCAACAGUAAAAUACAAAGAUAGUUGAAUUUAUAUAUUUAUAUUUAUAUAUUACCUGCUGUUUUGCACAUAGCAUCAAAGCACUUUUUUAUUAUUAUAAAGGACUUAUUCAGGCAUCUGUCUGAACAGCUUCAUAAAAUAUUGAGUAGUUGAUAUUGAGUAGACUGGUUUGAAGUUAGUUGAAAAUGUUCUGAUUUUCCGACGUCUUUUGUACUUUUUUGCCAGUAUGGAUGUAAAAUGGAUCUAAUAAUGUUUUAUUGUGGUUUUAAAAACUCUUAAAACAUCUAAAAUCUAAUAAUUUGAAUUCAAGGCCUUAAAAUGUCUAAAAUCCUCUUAAAACCUCAUAAAAUGUCUUAAAUUCACAUUUGAAAGGCCUUAAAAAUGUUUUGAUGUUACUUACAAAUAAAGGUUGAUUUGAAGUUUGUUUAAAACGUUAUGUCUUUUGUACCUUUUUGCCAGGAUGGAUGUAAAAUGGAUCUUAAAUUGUAUUAAUUAUGGUGUUAAAAAAGUCUUAUAUCUGAUGUGCUGAAACCUGCAGAACCCCUGAGUUAGCGCUGUCAGGAUGAGAGUGCUCAGCGCAGCUCUGUGCAGCAGAGAGAGGUUAUAGUUUAUAGUUUAUCUCAGUCAGAAUAAAAAGCAAAACUCAAGCGUAGAAAAAUUAUUCUUCAUGAUAGAAAUAUGAAGAUGGAAACCAGCUUCUGGUCUUUAUUUGAAGGUUUUGGUUUAUACAGACUCAUUUAUUUCUAAAACUGUCCUCCUCAGUCUGAGAACCGGUUAUAAAAAGUCUUAAAGUCGGCUCAUCUGAAGGUGUAAUUUCUCUGAGUUGUAUUUUCUUCCAAUAACAGUAUAUUAUUAUCCCCAACAUCAUACUCUGUGAUUUUCUGACCCGUGCCUCUCUGUUGCCAUGUCUCUCUCAGUAAACACAGCCUCGGCAGCCAUGAGUACGUCCAGAGCUGCAGGAAGUGGGAGAAUGAGAUCACGUUACAGCUCCUCUCUCACUCCACCAUGAGGAGAGACUUGGCACGCAGCGUAAGUCACUCAAUCAGGCGAACGUAUGAGCUCAGUGAGAGAUUUUUAUGAACUGUGACACAAAACAUCUCAUACCGAGCCACUGGGAGUCGCUUUGAAAGUGUCUCUGCUGGAAACUGACAGACGGUAACCUUCAGGUUAGGUCUCAAGGAUAAUGUGUCACUGCAACUUAGUUACCCGCCUUCCUGUCAUCUCGUGUGCUGGGCUGAUAAAUCAUUGAUAAAUCUCCUCUGUUUGUGUUUUAGGCUGAAGAUGACAAAGCUGCGAUGGAUUUAGAGAAGCACCUCGGCCAAGUGGAGAGGCCUUUCAGGGAGAACGUGACCAGGUAAAAGCGGAUUUUACUGGAAAAUGUCGCUUUAAAAUAAAAAAGGAGUCCAGACACUUCUGUACGGAAAGUUUAUGAGACUCAUGACCCACACAGUCAAAUAUUUCAAGGAAGUAAAGAGAAAAAUAACCGGUGACCCCCAGUAACCUCCUGCAAUAGGGCUGGGCAGUAUGGCCUCAAAUUAAUAUCACGAUAUUUUGAUCAGUUCACCUCGAUAACGAUAAAUGGACGAUAACUACUCCGCCGCGCUACUUAGUUUUACCGUGAGUUUUUGAUGAUCAGUGAAAGUCCGGACGCUGUUCUUCAGAUGCAGCAAACAAAAAAUUAUCGCGAUGAACAUAAACAAGUCCACUUUGCGAUUGUUAUCAAGCAACACUGAAACAGCAAAAAACACCAGGAUUUAGCGCCACAGCGGUCAAAAACCUUCUGCCCACAACAGUGACAUGGCUGCCUUUAUUCCAGGACAGCGACACCUAAGGCAUACAAAGUGAACUGCAACUCAUUUUAUUUUAUCACAUCAACAUAUUUGGCUCCAACAUGAAUAUAUCAAUAUGAGCAAAACAACGUCGGUUUCAGUAAUAAAUUUCAGUAUCUGUAAAUUUUCGGUUCAUCGCCCAGCCCUACCCUGUAACCUCCUGCAAGGACCACUAGGAGCCUAAAGACCCCAGUUUGAGAACCACUGACCUUGUUUUCAUCUAAAUCUACAGUUUCAGUUGAAUCGCCUCAGAUUAAAAACAGGAUGACGACCUCUGGAAGUUAUUUUUUUUGGUUUAUCAAACUGACUGUGUUGGCUGCAGGAUUUUCUCCCACCGUGCAGUUUCUAUUCGCAGAGUCAAAUAUUGUUGUGAUGUUGAAAUCCUAAAAAGAGCAGAUUUAGGAGCGCUAAGUUGACGUCUGUCGGAGAGGAGGUGUUUAUAUUUUUUCUGUGUGUCUUCUUGCAGACAAGGCCUGGCCGACUAUUUAGAAGGUUAUCACAAUCAAGUCAACAUCUGUCUACAAAACGAGGUACGUGUAAAGUCAAAUGAAAGGAUCAAGACUCUCUUUUAUUCAUAGACUGUCUGCUCGUACAUCCACUCGUACUUUGACUCGUAGUAAAACCGCUGGCUUUGACACGAGAGUCAUUGUUGAUCUGAAAAUACCUCGCACUCUCAUGUUGGUAAACCGGGACAUUCCUGGAAGGCAAACUUUCUAGAAACAGCCCAUCUGUUUCUCAGCCAGCCGAGCGUAUAGUGGAGUAAUUGAACACAGAUUAACGUGAGGACCGAGCUCCCCGAAUAAAACCUUGUGAGAGCUUCAAGAUUUAUGGGAGUGGAGGUUAUUAAUGCAGUUGUAGUAUGAAGCACAAACACACAGUGGCCUGAUUUGAUGUGGAAACAGUGUUUAUUUGAGACUCUGUUCGAUGGAUUGUUGCCGCUGACCUCCUGAUGUGUUGUUCCUGUGCUAAACAAUGGGCUGCAGUGUUUAUAGACGAGUUGAAAACAGACUUACACAACAGCCUACACGUGUAGGUGGAGAUGGAUGCUGAACCAAACCUCCCUGUGUCGUUUUAGAGUACUCAGUAUAAGACGGUGGACCGGUUGGUUCAGACCAUGAAGAACCUGUGCUGCGCUCUGGACGAGGUGGAGACACAAACCAUCACAGAGGCCAUCAAACGGCUGAAACACUCCGUCAAUUUACCCCGGACACGCUCGCCCAAGGUGAGCCAGCCGGUGUGCUCAGUGUGUGUUUAUAUUUCCGUGUUAAGAACAAUCCUCUGAAAGCAGCGUGUUUGUUUUUCAGAUGGGAUCCUCGUCAUCGGGUCAGUCAUCAAAUGGUAAGAAUGGAAGUCAUCUGAAUAAAGCUCUGCAAGGACAAACAAACACACAGGCAGCAUUUAAAUGAGUGAAACAAAGACCAUAAAACCAACAUGGAAAUAUUCCCCCUGAGUACCUGGAGGAGUCAGACACUCUCCUAGGGGCGAGCGAUCUGACAAUCUUAAAAAGUGACGACCGUCUGCCAAAGCACAGAGAUCGUAGAACCGUCUGUAUCCCUAACAUGUGUCUAAAUAAAUGUCUUGCCCUCUGAAAUCAUAAUUUAAGAAGUUAAGACAGCACAUUUUAAUUUACCCAGUGUUAAAUAUAACAGCGAUGUGGAGAAGAAAAGAGAGAGGAGUGGAGAGAGAGGAGAUUUUUGAGCUUUCUAGUUGUGACCAAAAAAAAAAAGAACAUUGUAAAUUUUGACAUCUGGAUAUUUUAUUUUAUUUAUUUUUUUUAUCUUUCAGCCCCUAAAAAAAAUAAUUAAAAAAAAAUCAUGAUAAAAUCGUGAUCGGGAUUUAGCAAAAAAACAAAAAACAAAAAGUGAAAUGAUUUUUUUUUCCAUAUCGCCCACCCCCACUCUCCUCAAACUGCAUGUUCACACCACCAUCUCUUUCCCCUCACUAUUAUCCUCCUUUAAAUAAAACCUGAAAGUCCGAACACGAACUCCGCUCACUCCGAUCUCCACCAAACUCCAACAGGCUACACCAGCCCGGUGGAGGAGUGCAUGUCCUCGCUGACGCAGGCGGUCUACGACCUGGCCAAGCUCUACCUGCGCUCCUUCUGCCCUCCAUCCACAUCCUUCAGCUCACCGCCGCUGCCCAAGCCCGCCGAGGGGGACGGCGUAGAAGGGAGGAGCAGCAAAGAAGCUUCCGGCACCACGGACCACCUUCAGUUCACGCUGUUCGCUCUGCACGGCAUCCCGGGAAACUGGGUCAGCAGGUGAGGAACCUUUGUCAACUUAGAUUUAUAUUUUAACAUGAGACCUAAAGGAGUUUUCUGGGCUUUUAGAACCAGCCUCUAGUGGACACUGAGGGAACUGCAGUUUGUAGCACAUGCAGAUACAGCUGGAUGUGUUUAGCUGCUGAAAGCUCCUGUAUCAGCACUUUUUCUUCUUCUUUGGUAUAACUCAAACCUUCAGCCGUGUAUUUGAUCUUACAUAAUCAAACCCGCCUGUGCAGUAUUAUUAACGCCGCCCACGUUUCUCUGUACUGCGUGGCGCGUUGUCACAUCAGAUCGUCGUGUUUCCCUCUGCUAAACAAACGGCUCCUGUCUUGCUCCCCGUGUCUCAUUUUUCCGUGCCGGUGUCCCGUUUCACUCUGACUUUAUCUCCUGCGUGUGUCUGGAACAGAGCUGAGCCAAAUUUUCCGUUCCCAGCUCUGUCACGCAUCGGUGGCGAGCAUCAGUACACUUCAGGCCCCUCUGCAGAGAGACAGCAGCAGAGAUGUUUUGAUACUAAGAGGCAGGAAAAGACGGAGAGUUUGGACUCUUUGAGACGUUACAGGUGGUGUGUAGGUCUGUCUACUCCAGCCCGGCCUCUUCGCUCUGCUAUUUUAAACCAACACUAAACGUUGCUGCUGCUGCUGCAGUGACACUUCCAAAAAUAUUUCACUCCUCCCGGCCCCCGAGGCCCCCAGCGAGCUUGGCGUAUCAGUUGUUGUGUUGUGGUGUUAGUGUAAUACUCCCUCAUUGCGGUCUGAGUGUUUGGCGUUGUUGUGGCUCCUGUCAUCCAUCUGGGGCUCAGUCGAUGCCGAGGCGCUGUCAGCAUAUUGAGACAGCAUGACGGGUGGGGGGGGGCUGCCAGCACAGAUGGCGUUGAGCUGAGGACCAGGAUUGUAGUGGUUAAAUAAAAAGGACGUUUUCAGCUCUUCUUCAAUAAUAAAGGUUUAAUGUUUAAAGUAGGGCUGCACGAUAAAUUGAUUUAAAAUCAUCGUUUAUUGGUUUAUGAUGAUUUAAAAAAAAAUAAAAUCAGGGGGGAAGGUCCCGCCCUCCUUUGCCUCUGAUUGGCUAGAAGUGCUGGGCUCUGAUUGGUUAUCCCUUAUGGCUGUGAAACGUCAUCGUCUGUCACAUUAGGAUUAGGAGAUUCAGAAGUGUGAUGAUGUUCUGUUUGAUGAACAGAGACGACGGCCCGCGUUUGGCUUGAGCGUGUGAUGACGUUUAAAGCUUUUCUAGCCAAUCAGAGGCGAAGGAGGUGGGACUUUCCCCUACGACCUGGCCAAGCUCUACCUGCGCUCCUUCUACACACACACACCAGUGUAAACAAACAUGGCGUUUGCAAAAGAAGGCGAUAAUUUCGUGGUUAAAUAGGACAAGAGCGAGUCAGUCGUGUUGAAUUGGUACGACUUCACAGCUUCAGAUGAAGAGUAAACCACUCCCCGCUGUAAAGUCUGUCUGAAGGCGGUAUCAACCCGUCACCACGGAGACGAAUUCAGGAGGAAACACUAAAGUUUUUUGUCAUAUCAGUGUUUCAGGUGACUGUAAACGGUACUUUUUAAAAACGGGUCAGAGAGUGAAUAAAUCUGUAAACGACGACCAUUUCAUCUCCGUGUGGAUGUCUAUCUGCAUCUCUGGAAACGAUCAUGUGACACACAGCGUAACUCUUAUAUGGCGCCAAAACAACCUUUAAUCACAUGCUCUGUACUCUUCUUCUGUCUUUUGUGCAUUUCCUGUGCAGCGUUACAGCGCCACUUACUGGCUUGGCAUAUGAACUACAUCGUUUUCAGUGAUUUCGUUUUGAGAGAUGAUGGAAAAACUUUUUAUUAAUAAAGUGAAGUUUGGUGAAUUUUUUGAAUAAAAAGUUAAAAUCAGAGAAAAAAUCUGGAUUUUAUUUUUGGACAAAAUUGUGCAGCCGUAUUUUAAAGGUGCAGUGUGGAGUUUUUAGCUUCAUUUAUCAGAGCAGAUUUGGUGGAAGUUGAAUUCAGUGUGUUGCCUCUUUGUACUGGUGGCGCCUCUUUUCUAUUCAAACUAAAUACAGCUCAGUAUCUUCAGCACCCCCAGUAUCACGAUAGGAACUCCGGGUCUAGAGCGACGACUAAUGAAGAGAAGCUGAGACCUCUGGAAGGAGCUCAGAGUCCAGCCGGUUGAGAACUUCUCCCUUUGGGGGUUUUCUCGGCAGGCGUGACUGUGAGGACACCCCAGGUUGAACUCGGAGGCUUGUCGGAGGGAUGAUUUAUACAUUAUCUCUGGAAACGUCGCUGUAGACUCGCUUAAUCUUCUGUCACUGUGACCUCCAACUCUCAUCGUCUUAAACCCCGUCACGACCUUAGUGCGCCCUCACAUUUGUGUCCAGUUCUGAUCGGUCCUCCCAGGUUUGUUUGUGGAGGUGCAGAGGAGCUCGCCUGGAUAUCAUCAUGUCUGUGAUUGUCUGAUGUGUGGUUUUUGUUGCAGUUAUGAAAAGUACUUCCUGAUGUGUUCCCUCACCCACAACGGCAAGAACCUCUUCAAACCCAUCCAGUCCAAGAGGGUGGGCACGUACAAGAGCUUCUUCUACCACAUCAAGUGGGACGAACUGUGAGUUAUCUCCCCUCCUCCAUCUGAACAAAGACAAACCGUGCACAUCCUUCAAUCCCUGUCCUCUUCUCCCGCAGGAUUAACUUCCCCAUCGCCGUGGCGGUCCUCCCCCUGGAGUCCGUACUGAGCCUGACUCUGUUCGGGGUGUUGAACCAGAACGCCAGCGGCUCUCCAGACUCCAACAAACAGAGAAAAGCCCCCGAGCUGCUGGGCAAAGUCUCCAUGCCGCUCUUUGACUUCAGGAGGUGAGAAGAAGGAGGAGGACAUGUUAACCCUUUAACUGCUCCAGAAAAUUAAACUUUUCUCACACAUAAAUCAGCUAAAAAAAUCUGGUUGAAGAACAAAUUUAGGACGUAUUUUAGCGUCACAGGUUAACUCAUGUUUCGCUGUGCUGCAGCCAGAAACCAGGAGCUUUAAAACUUUUGGCCUCACUUUUGCAGAGCUGUCCUUGUUGCAGCAGCAGCAGGUUCAACUCCCAUCCACAAACCUCUCCUUACUCCCUCCAUUUUCUGCCUCUCCUCAUUUUUUCUUCCAUUAAAGACAAACUUUCCCUCAAAAUCAAACUGUUGCAUCGUUCACUGUGAUUCUUGAAGAACACCAUGACCUGGAUGAAUGAGAAUCUACAUGGACUUCGCUGUGAUUGUUGUUGAAUCGUCGGUCGUCGUCUCUGCUGUUUGUUUUGCAGAGUUCUUGCCAGAGGCAGCAGGCUGCUGUGUCUGUGGACGUCUGCUCAGGGAGCUGCCGCCGCCGCCGCCGGCUCUACAGGCAGCCGCAAGAGGGUCCCCACGGAGAGGAUCGUGCUGCAGGUGGGCGGGGUUUGUAGCAACUGUGCGAGAAAAAUCUUGCAGGCCUAGUGGACGUGCGGUCAGAUAGAGCGAGGUGACUUUUUGGUCUCACAGCAGAAAACACUCGCUCAGGAGGUCCUGAGGUUUCACUGGUUUGCAGAUUUGUUCUCAUACUAGCUUCACCACUCCGGAGAUCUCUCCUGUCCAAAACCAGGUUAUGUCCUGGUGAAAAGAUCCUCAUCUCUGAGUUUGUGGAGGUUGUUGCUUGUUGGAGAAACCCUGUUUGGGUUUGUUCUGGUCCUUACCUCAGAGAGAGCGUCUCAGUCCAGAAUCUGGAUGUUGGAUUUGGUCAAAUUUUCCCGUUUGUCUGUGCUUCAUCAGAAAAUCAAUCAUCACUGACUCGAUGUUCAUGUUCCCCUCAGGUGGACUUCCCUAACUCACCUGUGGAUGUUUUAUACGUGGGACCCAAGGAGGCCCCGAGCCCAGACCCCCCAGUAGAAGAGCUGGACCCUGAUCUGAGGCGUAAAGUGGAGAAAAUCUGCAGCAGAGCUUCAAAUUUUGGGUAAGACAAAGUUAGUCUGUGUUUUCAGCUCAGGAGCAGAUCUCAGGAGCUCCAGAUCUGGGGUUGAUGGAUUGUGACCCUUCAGUUUUUUGAGAGUUUAUAACGGAAAGUUGGUUUUUAAGAAUGAUUUGAAAUAAAAGAGUUGAUACCACGAGAGAGGAGAUCUUAAUGUUGAUGAGAAAAACAGGUCAGUCCUUCUGCAAAAACACAAAAACCCUUCAGAAAACUGAGGAAAUGAAAUAAAGGAGGAAGAAAUACAAACUCAUACUUGUGUGUAAUUUAAAUGUGUGUUCAGAGUUGGAAUCCCUCGGGGCCUGAAAGGUUUGCAUGUUUAAAAAAAGUAUGUAAAUAAAAAGCAGCAGGAGGAGACGUCCCUCCACAUCCUCCGUCUCUCACCUCGGCUCUUUCUCACCUUCUCGCUGGUUAAUUUCUUUCCUUUUUCAGAGCAGAUGUUGUCUCUACAUGUCUGUCGUGUGUGUGUGUGUGUGUGUGUGACAGUGGCUGAAGUACCUGUGCAGUCAAUGAUAGUCCAGCUACAAGAGCUGCAGACUGUUUUAGUUGGUGAAUAUAAAUGUGGUCCUGCAGGGUUGAUGAAUAGAGGCUGACUGUUUUAUUUACCGACUGUUUUCCUGAUUCACUCUGUCGCUCCCCUCGUUAACUCUCUCACUCUCUCACCGGUGCGUUCAUUUCAUUUCAGGAGUUUUUCAGAAGUCUCACAAAUAUUUAGUCGGUCACUUUCUGUCCAAACUCUGUCUGGUGUGAACGUUGAGAAGAUUUGGAAAAAGACUCCUAGAAAACCAUCAGCUCACAUCUAAAGACAAGAGUUCAGAGUUUUUAGUCUCAGACGGAGAUUUUACGAAGACUGUGAAUCUUACAGGUUCAUUAUCUACAAGAGGACGACAGGAUUAUUUCCCAGUUCAGUGUUUCCCACUGGUGGAGAAUCUAUCUGUGGUGUUUGUGUGAUUUAAAGAGGGGGCGGCUCAUCAAUCAGCUGUGUGUUCACAUAUGACAACUGGGAGCUCGCUAAUGCUAAUACUCGGUACAGGAACCCCGCGGUGCAGCCUGUGUGCGCCGCAUACAAUCAUAUAAACUGAGUCUGAGGUGGCAGGUAAACAAAUCUUUAUUGUUGAAGUGUAGCGAAGUUUAUUUCGCCGUGGUGGUGAACCGUUACAUGUAGGGUAAACCCUGCAGUUAAUGUCGAAUAGACAAGUCUGAUCUGCCUACAGCUCGACUUUUUUAUCGUCAGUUAUUCUUCAUGCAUUCUCUCUCUUCUUUUUUUGACUGUCAGGUUUCCUUUUCUACUUUUGUCAGAGCUCAUCUAUUGGUUGUUGGUUGUGUUACGUCACUGCGACUUGCGAUAUUUGAUAUUGUCACAAACCCAGGACUAGAAAAGACUGAUAUAAAACAGCGCAGAUUACCACCACCUUAAAGUUAACGAUUGAGAUGACAGGAGCGUGCUGGGACUCCAGUGAAACUCGUAACCCUCAUUUAAAGACCACCUCCUCCUCAGUCUUUUUCCUGACGUCAUUCAUGUAGUUCCGUUUCUCACCUGAUCACCAACUAAACCUUCAGUUUGAUGGAUCUACAGUCAGCCGAGUGUGUUCAGUCUGAACCCUGUUUUCUAAACUCUCUGUUUCGUCUCUGUGCUCUAAAUUAAAACCAUCGUCCUGCAGAUUUAUCAUCGUUUUCACAGAAACUGUACGUCUCGCUGCCUUUUCUCCCUCAGCAGUCAGAUUUCUGGCUCCCCCUCAGACCACCCAAAGUCUUUUGGACUUACUGGAUUUCAGAGGAGGUUUCUGAAGAAGCGUCCGACUCUGCCAGCCGCAGUUUCCCCGUAAACGCCUGUAUGUUGUCUCCUCCAGCGCGUCUGUUCUCCUCCAGCUGCUAAACGCUCUCUCACGUCUGCUGCCAGCCAAAUCUCCUCCACGCUGCCAACAUCCAUGAGCCUCAGCACAGAGCGCUCUCUCAGGGGGCCCGCACACCGCCUGCUUUCUGUCCCCCGCUCAUUCACUCCUCCAGACAUGUGGAGGACUAGUUCGGUUCAUGUGGGCAAACGCAGCAGAGCGGGUUGUUUUUAUGAGAGCGUGGAUGUCAGGGAGGAGCAGAGGUGACCGGUCUCUCUGAAACAGAAGAGACCAGAUUCAGGACCUCAUUUUUAUAGAAGUGCUUUAGUGAGAGACGCUUCCUGAGCUCGCUCUAAUCCUCCAGGUCAAAACUUCCUCUUUUUGUGUUUAUUUUUUAACCCCGUCCUUCUCUUCCCGUCUUUCUCUCCAGGCUGAAGCGAGCCGAUCACCAGCUCCUCUGGGACCACAGGCUCCACUGUCGGAGGGACCACCCCAGCAGCCUCCCUAAGGUCCUGGCCAGUGUGCCCAGCUGGGACUGGGCCAGCAUCGCUCACAUCCACUCCCUGCUGCACCACUGGCCCCCUCUGCCCCCCGUCACUGCGCUGGAGAUGCUGGACUCAAAGUACGCUCUGUACCGCACACAUGUAAACAGAAAGACUUGGUGCUGGACUCUGCAGACCCCCUGAGACAUAAACCGGAUUUUGAACAUGCAUUAAGUCUGUGGUUCUGGACCUGAAUGUGUGUGUUUGUGUGUAUAAAUGUGGUGUUUGAUGGUAUUUGCAGGUUCGCAGACACGGAGGUGAGAAGUGUGGCGGUCAGCUGGAUCGAGAAGAGCAGCGAUGAUGAGCUCGCUGAUUACCUGCCGCAGUUAGUCCAGGUACAGAUGGAAGUUAAACAUCAAACUUCUUCACAACACUCGACUUUAUUGAAGAGGACGGAGUGACGGAAAAUAACAGCCGCAGCUCUGAUUUUGAAGGAUUAAAGUGACAAUAAAACAACUUACAGACAGACGAUAGUCAAAAGAUAUUAACAAUAAAAUAAACUAGACGACUGUCACUCUUUCUCUCACUCUUUUACUUGCAAUUCCUCCCUUUCACUCGCCGUCCGUUCAUCCAUUAUUCACCCCCGUGUUGCUCUCUCUCUCUCUCUCUCUCUCUCUCUCUCUCUCUCUCUCUCUCUCUCUCUCUCUCUCUCUCUCUCUCUCUCUCUCUCUCUCUCUCUCUCUCUCUCUCUCUCUCUCUCUCUGUUUCCAGGCAUUAAAGUUUGAGUGUCACCUAAAGAACGCCCUCGUCAUGUUCCUGCUGUCCAGAGCACAAGGAAACAUCAACAUCGCCCACUACCUCUACUGGUGAGUCUCUGCAGACGCACUAGAGCAGCACGCCGUCCAAGUUUGAUCGAAGGAAGAAAAAGUAAAAAUGAGUUAAGAGGAAAAGUGUAGUUCAGUAAGAGCUUUGAGUCCUGCAGCGUGAGUGUAACGACCAGCCUAGGGGAUACUGGAGGUCACAUAAAGAGUUUGACCACUCCUCUGUCACUUUCACGAUGACACAGCACAAAACGACUGAAAACAGGAUGUGCAGUCUAAAACAAUCAGUUUUUAUUGUUCUUUUUCUUUUUUUAUUGACAUAUAACUCAUGAAAUUAUCUCAGGGAGAGGAAGCAGAACAAACAGUUACAAAAAAAAACCCUCCUUUAAAUCAAAAUACCUAACCUGACAUCUACGAUAAAAAUCAAACAUAUACAAACCUGAAUUUGACUCCCUACUCAAAAACAGGAGAAAACAAGGACUGACUCUCCCCUACAUAUACCGACACAAGAACCCUCUAAGGUCCUUUAAUAACACCAAUCCAGAAUAUCACAAUAGAACUCAAAGAUGACUCGAAACGCCGCACUCUGGCGAGAUGUUGGGAGUGACAAAGGAGAGUCGGUGUCCCUGCUCCUGCAGCUGAGUUUUAAAAUGCCGCCCAUCAGCUCUCCGCCAAUCACGCGCCUCCACUCCACAGCAGUCCUCCGAUGCGCGUCUGGUGCGUCUCCACACUGCCGUCCAAUCAGGGCGCACCACCUCUGCCGCACAGCCCAGAGAAAGAGAGGAGGGAAGAAACAAACUCUCCUCUACACAAUAAAACGACAAACAAAACAAUAAUUAAUACAGUUUGAAUGACACACUGUCAUAACAGCGAGUAAAUCCAUUUCAAAAGUCUGUUUCCUGUUUCUUUUUCAUGCACACUUUAUCAAAUAAAAUUCUUUUAUUUGUUUUUAAAUCUCUAAAUAAUCUCACUCCGUUUUACCCCUCUGAGCUUCUCCACCCAUAAACACCCACCCGUAUUUCAGGUCAGCUGAUCAGCUGUUCCUAAACUAUUGAACGAUCUCCCUGAAAACAUUAGACCGGUCUCUUCUUAAACCCUCCUCUUCUCUUUGGCCUUUGCUCCUCAGUAAGACGUCGAUUAGAUUUUGAUCUUCUUUUAUUGUUUCUUUUAUUGCACCGCUCUUAUUUUACCAGCAUCUUUUGCCUUCUAGAUCUUUUUAACUGUUAUUAUCUAUAAUUUUAUGUUUUAUUUAAGAUGUUGUGUCUUUAUUUCUGAUCCUUUUAUUCAUUAUCCUGUACUGCACUUUAGUCCUCUGUGGAUGUUUCAAAGUGUUCAACAAAUAAAGUUGGAUUGGAUCAAUCGUAAGAAUUUAAAUUAGAGGUCUGGGUGUUAUGGCGAUGCGACCACACGGUUUUAGUCUUGCUAACCCACUAGAAGUUAUCCCAAAGAGGUCUAGUCCUGCCCUGCGUUCCCUAAAUGUUCCUGUUUUUGUGCCCUAGGCUGCUAAAAGAUGCUGUGCAGGAUCCGGCCUGGGGACAGCGCUACGAGCGGGUGCUGGGUGCCCUGCUGUGUCUGUGCGGCGCCAAGCUGAGGGCGGAGCUGGAGAAACAGACCAACCUGGUGACCCUGCUGGGAGCCGUCGCUGAGAGGGUCAGACAAGCCGGGGGGUCCACACGACAGGUUCUCAGUUAUUUCUUUUAUUUUUAUUUUAUUUUGAUCAAAUCUUUAAAGUCGAGGAAUCGUUUGACUUUUCCUUCAGGUGUGAUUUUUAUUUCUGUGUGUUUUUGUCUGUGUGUCCAGGUGGCGCUGCAGGAGGGUCUGGAAAACGUGCAGAACUUCUUCCAGAGGAACAGCUGCAGACUUCCUCUCAGCCCCAGUCUGGUGGCCAAGGAGCUCAAUAUCAAGGUAACACACACACACACACACACACACACACACACACACACACACACACACACACACACACACACACACACACACACACACACACACACACACACACCUCUCUGCAUGCACGUCCAUGUUUAGCUGCCUCCGUCCAUUUGAGGCUAAAAAUGUAAGAUUACAAAAUAAGAAUUACAAAGUGAAGAAAGGAGGAAACCUCUCCACUAAACUGCGGGUCAGAAACAGGAAAACAUUUUCUCUCUGUGGUUCCAACCACCGGCAGAGUGAUCUCAUGGACCCUGCAGAGAUCCUCUGAUGUCUCAUACAUAUAUUCAUCAAAGCUCUGAUUUACUGUCGAAGGCACGUGUCUGAUCAUCACGUGCGCUCUCCUGAGGAAGAGGGCGAUCAUUAGCGGUCAAAAAAAAAAAAGUGCUCUGAUGAAUCAACCAGGCCGUCAUUGUGAAUUCCUCCUGCUGCACAGAGGAGCUCCUGCUCUGAUCAGUGAGUUCAUGUAGAUCUCAUGACUCUGGUAUUUUUCCUAAAGGAUCAUUUUGCUCCUACUUGACAUUUUGCAUUAAAAAAGGUGAAUUUUUAAGCUCCUCUCAGAUGUCCGCAAAGCUGCUGAAAGUUCCUGACAUGAUCUGGACAGAAAAUCCAGACUGAAGAGAGUUUGACUUCAGAGUUAAUUUAUACUCGCCAUACCUAUGAAAAUGUACGCGCUAGUUUCAAACGAUGGUUCCGUCACUGCCCACAUACUUUCAUGCAUCUUUUACGUUGACAUGGCUGUUAACCAUCACAUCCACCAGGGGGCAGGCUGGAGUUGAAGGGACGGAGAAUUCUUUUCUCUAGUCGUACCGAUGAGAGAAAUUGACGACGAUCCUCAUUUUCAGCCUCGUCAUUGUCUACUUAGUUCCUCUGUAGAGAUGCGUAUCGGGUAGUGUCAGCACACUGCCCCCUAUGGUUUCCGGUGGUACUGCUCCGUCUGACUCGACUGAUCGUCAUCUGAUCUGAUAACAAACAGUUGUUGUAUACUUUCUGGUCAAAUUCUACUUUUUGUUUUAUACAUUACAGUCAGUGUUUGUGUUUCUACUUAAUCUUUUAAUUUUUGUUUUAAAAUUUGACAUCUCAGCGAGUUCAUAAUCCGCCUCUUAAAAACCGCACAGACUGACAGAGCCGACCUCCUGCUGUGAGGAUGUUCAUGUGUGAAAACGGCUCAUAGAGAAGUGAAACUGUGGAGUCGAGUGAAACGACCUUUGAACAGAAAAAAGUGUUUCAAACAUGUUUUUAUUUUCAAGUCGGAGAAAAGUCCCGCCUCAGCAUAAAUCCAGGAGUGAUUGUAUCCUUGAGUAAAGCCAGAGCUUAAAAAAAACAACAUAACAGCAUGUUGUGGUGAAGAGGAUGAUCUCAUCUGUUUGUGUGUGUGUGUGUGUGUGUGUGUGUGUGUGUGUGUGUGUGUGUGUGUGUGUGUGUGUAGGCCUGCUCCUUCUUCAACUCCAACGCCGUUCCCCUCAAGCUGGCUCUGGUCAACGCUGACCCGCUGGGAGAAGAAAUCAACGUCAUGUUCAAGGUGCAGACCCCUAAAACCGUCGAUCCAGAUCUGAAAUAAGACCUGAGAAUCCCCGAGUGUCUUUCAACCAGCGAGCCUCUGUUGUUGUUUACAUGCCUGUUAUCUGGGCACUGCGCCCCCUGGUGGUUGAAGUGAAAUCAGACAAUGUUUCUCUUCUUGUUCAGGUUGGAGAGGACCUGAGGCAGGACAUGCUGGCUCUCCAGAUGAUCCGCAUCAUGGACCGAAUUUGGCUCCAGGAGGGGCUCGACCUCCGCAUCGUCAACUUCAAAUGCAUCUCCACGGGAAAGGACAAAGGUGACGGUCGAGCCACGUGUUCGCCGUUUAUGUCAUGAUUAGAUUUAUCAAAGUAAAGUCCAAGUAAGAGUGAAAAUUCUGACUUUGAGGAUUCAGAUUCUGAUCCACGGAGGUUGUUGUUGUUGUUGUGGUGGUGUGUUUUGUAGGCAUGGUGGAGCUGGUUCCAUCCUCCGACACUCUGAGAAAGAUCCAGGUGGAGUACGGGGUCACCGGGUCCUUCAAAGACAAACCUCUGGCAGAGUGGCUGCGCAAGUACAACCCCGCCGAGGACGAGUACGAGAAGGUAAAAACAGAGUUUUGAUUUUAAACAUGUGCGGCGUUUUUAUACGGCGAGCUUUUAGAGUUUAGGCUUUUAAAAAAAAGUGAAAUGGUCCUUUAAAUUCUGGUUUACAGUGGUUGUAGAACUUUGCGACCUUUGGCAUCUAUAAAUGUGAAACUGUACUCCACUCUCUUGACCUUUGACCUUGCUCAGAAUCUGACCCUGAACUUCGGCAGGACGCCGGUAUAAACGUGGCGUGCUGCCUUUCUAAAAUGUCAGCAGAAUAACCUCCUGGUUCCCUUCCUCUCCGUCUCCUUUCAGGCCUCCGAGAACUUCAUCUACUCCUGCGCAGGAUGCUGCGUGGCGACCUACGUCCUGGGCAUCUGCGAUCGCCACAACGACAACAUCAUGCUGCGCUCCACGGGUCACAUGUUCCACAUCGACUUUGGGAAGUUCCUGGGUCACGCUCAGAUGUUCGGCAGCUUCAAGAGGCGAGUCUCAGAAACACUCAUGAGUGGGUUUGUAAGAUUUCACUGUGAGGGUGUGUGUGUCUGAUUCCAUCACCCACAAAAAGAAUAAAUCCAGGACAGUCAGCUGAAGGUCCCUCAGGUUUAGUGACACUCAGUACGUUUACAUGACAGUCUUUGGAAAACCAGAGUUAUCGCCUUACUCUGAAUUAAGACCGGACAACUGACGUGUAUAUAAACUCCUUAGUCCGACUAUAAUCAGAGUUUGAGAACUCCGAUUAAGACACCCAGAUAAUGUGAUUGAAAUUCUAUUUUCUCUACCAAAUAACCGUAGUCGGUUGCAGGAGUUCCUGUUUUUCCUCACAGACAGAUUCUGGUUCAGUUUUGAUCACGACUCGGUAUUUUAGCACGUUUUCCUCGUUUACAUCUUCCCUGAAACAGCAGCCAUAAUUUUUGACCUUUUCCUCUGACUUAUUUCUGGGACUUUAAGUGCCUCGCUGACGGUUCCCCCCUGUGGUACUUUGAGUCUUGCGGAGAAGGAGGUUCUUUCGCUCUGAUCUGGAUUUCCCUAAGGAUUGAAACCCAUGACCCCUGACUCACUGAGUUUCCAUGUUAGCUCCUCCCCCUCCUCAGAUGCUAAGUUUAAACUCUCUCUCUCUCCCAUCAGGGACCGAGCUCCGUUCGUUCUGACCUCUGACAUGGCGUACGUCAUCAACGGAGGUGAGCGUCCCACCAGCCGUUUCCAGCUCUUCGUCGACUUGUGCUGCCAGGCCUACAACCUCAUCCGCAAACACUCCGGGCUUUUCCUCAACCUGCUGUCGCUGGUGAGACACAAACACACACACACAUGCACUAAAGACACACACACACACACUGCAGAUACGGAGCCUGAAACAGUCUGUAUGAGUCAGUUAAAGUCAGUCCGUUCUCACAGCUCAGACUGAAACUCAAAAUAAUCUGAAGACUGUUUUUCCAGGACGAAUCGGCUCAUUUUUUAACCUAAAGUCUCUGAAAUAUUCUCAUAAAGCUGUCACACUUUCACACAGUCCUGAGUGACAUCCUCAGGUGAUUUCUCUGAUAAACUCCAAAUAUCCGGUUUACACUCAUGCCUCCUCCAGCUGACCUGUUUUCAAAUCUCAUUUCUCAUCCUGGUCUUUUGAAACUUUUUCACACUUUUGGCUCUUUCCUCUUCCUCUUGUGGAGCUGAACUAAUUUCUUUGCACCUGCAAGAGCCUGAAAAACAAGAAAUGCAAGCGAAGCAGAGCAGCAGUUUCUCCAUCAUUAAUCAGCUUUACUGUAGAUCUGGAGGUCUGUUCCUGCUGCACGCUGUAGUUCGGGGCAGAACUUCUACUGUCUGUACAUAUGUGUCUUAUUAACACCAGAAAAAAUCCAUAAUAUUGUUUUUUAAAGGAUAGCAGCAUUAUGCAAUUCAUUACAUGUUUCUGUAGGUUUUCUCUUCCAUGUUAUCCUUGCAGAUUUGUGGAUUUUUGUUGCUUCUGUUACAAACAGAGAGUUUUAAAAAGUACCUCACCUCCUAAGUUCAUCUCCUCCUGUGUGGUGUCUGUCUCACAGAUGACGUCUUCAGGCCUCCCAGAACUGACCGGACCUCAGGACCUCAAAUACGUGUUUGAUGCUCUUCAGCCGCACAACACAGACGCUGAGGCCACCAUCUUCUUCACCAGGUAAACAAUAUGAUACAAUAUAUGAUACAAUAUGAUAUGAUUUGAUAUUUUGAGAUAUGAUAUGAUACAUAUGAAAUGAUAUUAUACAUGAUAUGAUAUAAUAUCAUAUGAUAUAAUAUGAUACCAUACAAUAUGAUAUAAUACAGAUAUGAUAUGAUACAAUAUGAUAUGUUAAGAUAUGGUAUGAUACAGUACAAUAUGAUAUGAUGUAAUAUAUUUUCCUGUCCCCUUGGUGAAAUGUGAGUGCUGCACAUGCUCAGUUGCGUCCACAAUACUGUUAAUGUUUAAAACUACCAAUGACCCAGAUGCAAACAACGAAAGAACUCAUACCAAAGACACGACAGCAAACAGGCAACAGAUUUCACAUAAAGACGGCUCAGUAAGAGGAAGACAGAAGACAAAAAAAAAAAUUCUUUCAUUCUUUGAGUCGGGAACAUAACUUAAAGGUGUGACAUGGAGCUCUCUUAAAGGUUUUUCCUUCUCCUCUGAGGUGUUCACAUGCACACAGCUGUCUUUUGGUUAAAGAUGUUGUCACUGAGAGACUCAGUCUGGGCUGCAACAAACUCCAAAUCCACCAGGUGGCAGCAUCAGCACGUUAAGGAAAAAACAACUUCAGUUUCAAAGUACAGACAGAAACUCGUGAUGAGUAAAUAAACUAUCAGGAGGAGCUUGUUUUGCAGCAGAAGACAUUUAAGUUUGUUGACAAAGAGUUUGUAAAUUGGAGGCAGAGACAUUGGCUUUGACUUAUGGCAUUUUAAGAUAAUCUCCACUGUUGAUUUCUGUGCUCAAAAGGCGGAUAAAACCACACAGACGUUCACAUUUAACUGAUUAUCCGCUACUGUAUCUGAAAACACCGUAACACCUCCUCUGGUCUCCUCUGCAGGCUCAUAGAGUCCAGUCUGGGCAGCGUGGCCACCAAGUUCAACUUCUUCAUCCACAACCUCGCUCAGCUCCGAUUCUCUGGACUGCCGGCAAACGACGAGCCCAUCCUCUCCUUCUCGCCGAAGACGUACACGCUCAAACAGGAGGGACGCAUCCUCCACGCCUCCAUCUUCUCCUUCCAGAAGAGAUACAACCCCGACAAGCACUAUGUGAGUCUUUUUUUCACCUGUUUCUGCUCCCUCACAUCACAUUAUUGUCGUCUAACGCUCGGUCUGUCCUCUCUGCGCAGACGUAUGUGGUGAGGCUCAUGAGGGAGGGUCAGAACGAGCCCCAGUUCGUCUUCCGCACUUUUGACGAGUUUCAGGAGCUUCACAACAAACUCACCAUCCUCUUCCCUCUCUGGAAGCUGCCCAGGUAAGACCUCACCUUUGCUGAGACUCUUACCGUCUUACAGAGAACUUCUACGGUACAAAACCUGAACUACAGACGAGCGAGAUCAGUGAACAACCUCUGAACAAGAUCGUUUUGUGAGAAAGUGUUUGUGAAACAUGAAACAUUUACUCAGUCUGACAUCUCCAAACCUGCGCACGAUCCACCUCUCCCUCUGUAACCUGCUGUUGUUGCCAUGCCGACUCAACAUCAGUGAAGAGUUGCAUCAGAAAGUGCUCUUCUUUCCCUCCCUCUCUCUAGUUUCCCCAACAAGAUGGUGCUCGGGCGCACACACAUCAAGGAAGUGGCGGCCAAGAGGAAAUUCGAGCUCAAUAACUACGUCCACAACCUGAUGAGGAGCUCCGCAGAGGUCAACCAGGUACAUAUGGAGACGUGUCGGGUCUUAGUGGGUCACAGUUGGUGUUUCGUACCUGAGGUUAAAGGAACCUCUUGUUUUCUGACUCUAGUGUGACCUGAUCUACACCUUCUUUCAUCCGAUCGCACGAGAUGACAAGACAGAAGGGUUGGACGCCACAGCGAAAGCACCAGGUACAAACCUGAACUUUUGAACCCCACUUUAUUCAGCAGUAACGAUAAAGGUUCAUUCAAAUUUACGAAGUUUGGCUUUUUGAAUUUUUUAUUCAACUUUUUGAAAAUAAAAAGUUUUAGCAGCAGUGUAAUACAAAGUCAUAUCAUCGGCAUAAAGAUGAAUUUUUCAACCCCAAACAGAUGAAACAGUUUUAUUUAUACAAAGAGUAAAUAGGAAAAGGACCCAGGACGGAUCCUUGUGGAACACCAUUUGUAAUUGAACAGGCCUGAGUGCUGUACACUACUGAUGUGGAUGUUAUUGAAGCCAGGAUUUCAAGGUUCCUACGCAAGUAUGGAAAUAAAUUUGAUCAAUUUCCAGGUCUUUAAAAGUACGAAAAAUUAAAAAUAACGUAUGGAAAAAUAUGUAUAUUUCCAGACUAUUACCACAGUAAUAAAAUACUGUUUUCUAUAAUAGAAAAGUAGGUAUUUCCAAAAAUAAUUCCCAAAAUUAGGGUGUAGAAAAGUAUGAAAAUUUCAACUGUGUAGGAACCUUCUGGUAUUUUCUAUUUUGGUGCAAUUUUCAUAAAUAAAAUACGUCCAGGUUUCUGUUGACAUCAUCCUAUGAUUGAUCUGACAUGUGACGUGUGGUGUCUGAUUGUCACAGAGCCCCCGCUGAGUCCCACCUCUGGUCGUGUGGAAGGAGAAGUGAAACUCUCGAUCUCCUACAGAAACAGUAACCUGUUCAUCAUGGUCAUGCACAUCAGAGAUCUGGUAAAAACACAGAUCACAUUUUUAAAGAUGACGUCUCUGUGAUCGUUUCUCACUGCGUUUCUCUGUUUGCCGUCUAACUAUCAAUCUCUCUGCUCUCAUUCAGGUGUCUGAAGACGGGACGGAUCCCAACCCAUAUGUGAAAACCUACCUGCUUCCAGAUCCUCACAAGACCUCCAAACGCAAGACCAAGAUCUCGAGGAAAACCAGGAACCCGACCUUCAAUGAGAUGGUGAGAGAGCACCGAGAAAGUUUAACUGCACAUCAGUGUUUGUCGCGAUUUCACCAAAUUUCAGGUCCAGUUUUAGCCUAAAGCUCCUGGUGUUCAAGUCUGAGAAGAUCUUGAGUUUAGUAAAGUCUAGAGUUUGAUUAGAGACCCUGUUUUGAGAGGAUUAACCUGAAGAGAUUUACGCCUCAUGGUCAAACCCUUAAUUCUCUCCCUCUCCCUCCACAGCUGGUUUACAGCGGCUACAGCAAGGAAACCCUCGGGCUGCGUGAGCUCCAACUGAGCGUGCUCAGCGCCGAGUCGCUGCGUGAGAACUACUUCCUGGGCGGCAUCACGCUCAGACUGAAAGACUUUGACCUCAGCAAGGAGACGGUCAAGUGGUACAAACUCACGGCCGUCCCCUACUUCUAAACCUCUCCCCGCCCGCCGCCUCCCUCCCCUGAAGUCAGGAUAGACUCCGCCUCUCUGCAUUCACCUCGUACGGGAAAGGAAAGCGCCGAAAAACCUUUUUAGUUCAUUAAAAAAAAAAAAACUCCAGAGCUUCCAGAAGUUGUGCGUUUGGCAAUCAGCCGUCUCCCUGUGAGGGUGUUUGAUCAGAAAAUUUAGAAAAACAAGUAGUGAUGAUUUUAGUUCAACUUUUACCAAACAAAUGGACUUUUUUUGGGCAUGAAUUGUUAAAAAUUGGUUUUUCUAAGAGGUCGUUUACUUUAAUUCUGAUCCUGAUGCUUCAGCGGUUUAUCCCGUAUGACCUGAAUGCAGACCCCCAGACUCCUCCAGACGGAUCCUGACGGGACGAUGGAGCAGGCGGACUCUCAGACUGAGAGAGAGAGGGGAGGCUGCUCUUCUUUCUUCGCUUUCUCCCUCUCAAACUAAUUGAGAUUGUUUUUGUGACAAACAAUCGCUUCUUCUUCUUCUUUUCGUCUUCUUUUUUUCCCCCUAAACUAUAACAAAGAGCUGUAAUGUUUUGUACAUUUUGAUAUUAGAGGACCAAAACGGCUUACUUUCAGAAGAGUAUAUAUAGAUCGACAGGUUUAUUUUUUAAGGGAUAGAAAGGGGGAUCUUUUUACAUUUUCCUUUGUUUAUUUUCUAUAUAGACAAAUAGGAGGUAUCAGGGUUUCCUGCUUUGCAGCAGACACUUCUGGGUAGAGUAGUCCAGCGCUCCAGAUUCCAGGAAGUCAACAGUGACCUUAUGAAUCCACGAGAAUGUGCCAAACGUAAUAAGAGGGACGGCAAAUCAAACCACUCUCCCAGGUAGGGAGCAGAACAGGGUGCCUUUGUUUGUGCUCACAAUCUCUUUUACUACACAACUUGGCCUUACUGGGACAAAACUAUAUUUUAAUACCAAUCUGAAAAGUCCUUAUAAAAGAAACAUCUAUAUUCUAUAAAUCUAGAUCAGGAGUUCUUCCAGAGCAGGUAAUUUUCUAACUGUGGACUGCCUCUAAAUGCACACUACCAGGUCUCUCUUUCAUGGUAUUACUUGACUUUUUCACACAGCACACCUUAAAGGGGAAUUUGUAUUAUAAGCUUCACACGCACUCUUCUCUGCACUCUGUAAGGACAGAUUGUGAUCGCUCAGAAUCACAGAGUAGAAACAGUUCAGCAGCGCUUCCUUUCUCGGUUCAGACUCUUCUCACUGCGGUAUACGGACCCUGUUAACGCUGGAGUCUGGAUGUGAGGCUUUUUCAACUCAGGCAGCAAAACCACGCUCACUCCCAGUGCCUAAAAGUGGUGCAAAAAUGCCGUAAAACUCAAGUCGGAUAUUAGCGACUUUUCCUGCCGGUGAAGUCCAGAUCCAGCCAGGUCUUAUGAUAUUUUAGAGAAAACCUUCUGAGCAAUGGAAGACAAAAAAAAAUCUUUAUAAAAAGGGAACAAGAUCCUGUGCAAGAGACGAGCUGCUUCUCCUUCCACUCGCUAACUUUGUUGUUAAUGUUUAAUAAAGAAAUUAAGAUGAUUUAUCUGAAAUUUUUUCAAAGAGAUCUACAAGAUAUUUGUGAUCAGAGAGCAACACUCACACGAUGAAUAUUAGUGACUUGAUCCACUCUUUUAGUGACUGUACAAAGAACACAAGCAGAGUUUGUAUUAACAUGGCCAGUUAUUUAUUCUUAAUUGGUGACCUGUAACCCGAAUGGAUCAGUGUGUACUGUAAUCCCUCUUUCCUAAAGCAAAUUAAAUGUUUUUGGAACAAAUGUGAGCGGACUUGUUCUUUC